GUUCCUUUCCUUUUGGUGUCUUGUAAGCCCACUCGGGCUGGGCACUUCCUGUGCAUGACACGUUCAUACAAGUGUCAAUCAAUCAAUCAAAUCUAUGAACCGGAGCAGUGCUCUGAUAUGAACCAGAAUCGUCAGUUGCACAGAUAUCGCGAGAGAGUGGUUCGUUACCAUAGCGACGACAGUUAAACACAACCCCCGCGGCUCCGAGUAGCACGGAGACUGGGACAUGCUCCCAACGAAAACAUGAGAUAUUGAAUCACUAAAUGUUGUUUCCAAAACAUUUCUUUAUAAUUUAAGGACCAUAAGAGUGUUGAAUGAAAACCUGAAACGUUUAGUGUGCAGUUGAAGGUCUUUAAACUACGGACAGUCACUGAAAACCUAAGGUGAGUUAACAGUUUUCGGUAGUGUAGCUGCCGAGUAAGAUACUGAAACUUCACGUAGGGUAGCAGCAUACAUUCACUCAUUUCACUUUAAGUGGCGUCUGACGUCCCUCGUUUCUCAUCUCGUGAAUUCUGCGGAGUUAUUGUAGUUUAGAUGAACGUCAGUAUUGGAUGACGUUAGCUUAGCAGGUCGUAAUAGCAGUUAGUGGUGAGUAGCACCAUAUGAAGGGUCUUUACAUAAGUCCUCGUGCAGCAGUGAAAUAAUGGCAGGCUACAGCAGCAAGAGGAAUAAAGCCUGCACAUUUACAGAUGAUGUACAAUUCUAAACAUUUAAACCUACCGAAGCAAAAAAGUUGUGGCUUCUUCCAAUAGGGGAGAGUGGGGUAAGUUGAGCCAGAGGUUAAGUUGAGCCAUCUACUUGGAAAUGCUACUACUUGGAAAUGGUCAAAGAAAUUGAUCAUGUGACCAAAUAUUUAGGAGAUGGGCAUCAAUUCAUGCAGUCUGUGAGGGUAAAAAGCACAUGGGUGAAGGGGUUAGACAUUUAUUUAAAGAUAAAAAAUAAAAAAAAGAUAAAUUAGAAAAAAAAUCACUCUUGAAAGUGAGUUUAGUCUGUCAUAACUUUUAUUAGAAUUGUGUUCAGACCAAAAAAGAUCAUUUUAAAUUUGUUUGCGGCAUCAAUUGUGGUAUCUAUGAGCUACAACAUGAGGUCAAAACCUAGCAUAAAAGUCCACAGUUUUAGCUUAGAGCAGUGGUUCUCAAGUCCAGUCCAUGCAGGCCCACUGUCCUGCAUGUUUUGGCUGUUUCCCUGCUCCAACACACCUGAUUCAAAUGAUCAGCUCGUUAUCAAGCUCUGUAAUGGCUUAAUAACGAGCUAAUCAUUUGAAUCAGGUGUGUCACAUCCAAAACAUGCAGGACAGUGGGCCUCGAGGACUGGACUUGAGAACCACUGGCUCAUCUUACCCCACUCUUCCCGAAUGUUAUGCCAAUUUUUUGAGUCACCACGAUGCUGAUACUUUUUAAAUGGAGCAUAAUUUCAUGCCAUACCAGGGGAAGCAGUUGUGAUGAAGAGGUUAUAAGUGGCACUUGACGGUAUAAGCAUUUAUUGAUGUAAUAACUUACAUCUGUCCUUUUUAUGCUAUGAUGGAUGAUAUCAUCCUCUUUGAUGAAAGUGUUUUAGUUAGCUAUCAUGCAAAAUCAAUUUUCAUUAAGGUUUAUUAAGGUGGAGGUUACCUUCACCUAACAACAUUUGGCAGCCUGCUAUGUUGUUAAAAAAUGCCUUACUGGCAAAUAUCUGUAAUUACUACUUACAAGAGUUGUAAUACAGUUAACAAACGGCUUCCAGAAAGAGUUAAAAUCCUCAGGAAAGUUUGCUUUAAUUACCUAGUUUUUGAGCAAAUCUGCUGCUACUGUUUUAGUGAGCCUAUCAUUGCUGCUGUUUUCAUUCAUUCAUUCCAGAGUGCAAUUCAGCCAGGGUCCAGUCAGUUUAAGAACGCAAUUACUGUUGUUGUUGUUUUUAUUUUAUUUUUGUUUUUUAUUAUCAUUACACAAGGAACUCUUCGUUGAUGGGAUAGCAAGAAAAGCCAGAGGAAGACCCAAGAAAGAAGAAGCAUGGAUUUAAAUGACUUUGUGGUGCUUCCUAACAACAAGGCCAAAUCUGUCAAGCACAAUGCCAGGUAAGAUGAGAAAAGAUCAAUGACGGGUUAAAGGCAUUUGGCGUGGGCUAUUAGGACUGCUUGGCUGUCUAUUUACUGUCUUGUUCACAUUUAACUUCAGUGUGGGGAAUGCACACUUCUGUAGAUGGAGUUUCAGGAGAGAUAAACCAUGUGACCUGGGUUCUGAUCCAGCACAUUUGUUUUCUUCAUAUCGGCUAGUACAGAAUUGAGUCGAGUCUCCUUUGUAGUUUCUCAUCUGCCAACAGGUAAUUGACUUAAUUGAUGUCUGCUAUGGUGGUACCCUGAUCCAGUAACUAAUUGCUUUAACUAUUGAUCAAUUGUUGCAACAGAGGUCUGCUCAUGCAACAGAUGAAUUGAAUAUAUUGAUGACAGCCUGGCUGUCCAGUUUGACAGAGUAGGUCAUUUGUAUGAUUGAUUGUUUUUGAUUGAUUGUGUAAAUGUGUGUGUGUGUUUGUGUGUGUGUUGCUAUAUAGGGACCUUCAGGACCUGCAGGUGGAGACUGCAACUCUGGCUAAGGAUAGCACAGAGAUGGAGGAGAAACUACAACAACUCAAAGAAAGAAUGAGCAAAGAAAAAAUGGAGAGAGGGUGAGUAUCAAUGUUACAGAAAGAAGUGAAAGUUAAAAGGAGAGGGACUGAGUUUGAGAAGAGAGAAUAAACAGUACAAAAACAGCAUGAAAAAACAGAUGAAAUCGGGUUAAAGGUCCUUACACACCAGGGCCAACGCGAAUAUAGAACGCGAAAAUACGAAAUAUUCGGAGGUGAAUUUUGACACGCCUGACUAUACACAUCAAGCCCGAUGCGAUUUUGCGACUUUCCGGGGGGGAAGAGACACAUCCCGGGGGAGACUUUUCCCGGGCAAAACCCUGUCUCCUUUACCUCUGAUUGGCUAGAAAAGCUGGAAACAUCAUCACAGGCUCAAGCCAAACGGUCAGCACUUAUAACCAAUCAGAGGCGAUAAGAUAAGCACAAAACAAUGGUAACAACCGUUAGCAUACAUUAGCACAGAUGACAGUUAAAACAAAGGUGUUUAGCAAACUGUUAAAGCACAAAAACCAUCAUCAUAUGAGAGAUCCGACGCUAAGUUGUCCUUCAGGUCGUUAUCUUUGUAAUGUUUGUGUCUUUCAUCAUAAAGCACUCUGUUCUCCAACACGUAAACGAUCAGCCGGUCGGCCAUGUUGGAUAUACCGGUGAAUCAGACGUCACAACAACACGCUAUCUGAUUGGUCAGAACUGGACACACAAAAAUAAAUGCCGGAAAAUCGCAGGAUGGGAAAGCGUCGCUGAUGUGAACACUUGUAUUGACAGGAUACGGGUUCGAAAAAAAAUAUUGACUUCCGAAAUAAUCGCAGGACAAAAACAGUCCCAGUGUGAAAGGACCUUAAGAGAGGAGAGAGUGGAGUGGUAGGAAAAAUACAUGCUAAAACAAAUUUGGUACUUGAGAUUAUAUUUGCUAUUAAGUCGCUAAAAAUGCCAUUUAGGCAACAUUUGUUUUAGUGGCUACAUCAAUCUGCCUGCUAUGACCAAUUGUUCCAACCACGGAAAGGCAACAGAUGAUUUAAAUAUAUAUUCAAUCUCGUCUGUCAUUAAAGGUUAACCUAAAGCCCCACAACAGCAGCAGGAUUAUUAUAACACCAGACAUUUUGAUGCUUUAACAGUUUCAGAGAGAACACGAGGUCAAACAUGAUAUAGGAUGGAAUGACAAGGGCUAUAGAAGGACAGAUGGGGAGAGAUUAAAGAACAGAAGGAGGUCAGGAACAACAGCAGGUAACGAUAGGUUUUAGAGAAGGAAGUAAAAGUAAAGAAAACUGCAAAGAGAAAGUGUGUCCUGGCAUAAGGAACCAAUGAAUGAAUAAAGCAAAUUUGCAGAUAUUAAAAAUAUCCCUAAAGUUUAGAUGCUGUUAAAACUAAAGAUCCAGAUUUUCACAGGUAACUCACUGAAGGGACAGAUAGCUAAUGAAGAGAGAGGAGUCGUUGAGGGGGCAGGGUAUGUGGGACGACACUGCAACAGCUGUAAAAGGGCGAGCAACACAGGAAGCAAGCCGAGCAGAAAAGUUGAGAAAUAGAGAUAGAUGGAGGAGGGGACUAAAUGAGAAAUAGAGGGAGGUCGAUGACUUCUCUACUUAUAAAGGUCUUGAAAAGGUUGCAUUGAAAAGAAAAAGGAGCAGUCACAGGGUUGAAAAAGCCACACAAAGAUGAAGUAGGUUUAUGCUCAUAGUGAGCUAUUACAAAGGUCAGUGGAGCCCUACAGACACCAAGUCCUGACCACUUGUGUGUAACAAUAUCACAUUUUGCCAUUACUUGAAUCAAUAUCAGUAUUCCUCUCAUUUGGACAUCAAUAAGAUUACGAGCACAGGAAGGAGAAACUUGGAUAUGAACUGUAAAGUAAGGUAAAGUGGGAUCAUUUAAUUUUCAACAAAGCCUCCACUUUAUAAUAAUACAAUGGCCAUGUCAUGAUAAGCACUCACACAAGUACCUCAUGUAUUUUUGCUUAGCUUUCUUUUCAUACUUCUCCUUCCAUAAUCCGAUUUGUAAGUCCAUACCUGUCUGUGUAUUCUGCUUAAGAUGCUUUUGUUUGGUUUCUAUAAUUGUUCCUAUACUUUCAAUCAGGCUUUAAUUUGUUUUCAGCAUGCUAUACAUUAACUGUAACUUCUACUUAGAGUAUUUUGAGGGAUUAACAAGGGCUCAAAGAUAUCCUGCUGAAACAUUUGCAACAUUUGUUUUGUCCACCAAAUCCUUGUAUUCAUUUCUUUGUGCUUUGCCUCUUAUGUUUUUUCAGCAGAGGCAAUGCCGAGGGUGAAAAUAUUGUAAGUUAGUAAAGAAGAAUCUUAAAUUAUGGAAGGUUUACUUCAGCUUAAUAAUGGAACAUAAACCAACUUCAAGUUAGUUUGUAUGUUACUCUAUACAUACUACAAUUCUGCAACUUUUCCCUCACUUUUUGAUUUAAAAGCUAUUUUGGGGUAAAAAUUUUCAAUUGGUAUAGCAACAGUCAUACUAAUGCUUUUGUUUCAACUUAGCUCUGCUAAUUACUCUUUCAUACAUCUAUAUUUUGUCCUGAGAAAAAAGUAAGCUCAGCUCAAAGGCCCCCUUUUUCUUUUAGAUAUACUCACUUGCCUUCAGACAAAUUUGCUGAAUAUCUUGAACCAAAUGCAUUGAGAGAAAUACCUUAAUUCUGUUAUAUUAUUGAUCAUUUUGAUAUCUAUCUAAAAUCUGGUUAAUGUUCUCCCUAGGAUGUUAGACAUUGACACACCAGUCAGUUGUGGUGGUUAGAAACUGGUUGCUGGACAUGACUGGUCAUCUUUGCUUGGCUUAAUAUGGACUUUAAAUAGUAAGGGAAUUUGGGCUGAAAGCACAGAAGGUGUUUGACAAGUACUUGAACACUAAAAGAAAUCAUUUUAUAUGCUGCAAAAUAUAUAGGAAAUGUCUGAGAAGUUUCCUUUUUCCGCUCCUCCUGGAAAAAAAAAGAUGUAGCCAUUUUUUCUUUGGGUUGAUUUUUUUUCUUUGAAGGACAUGCCUUCAUUUACUAAAACUGUCUGAGUCACCGUUCAAACCAAUCAUGAACAGUGGAAACAGACUUCUCAGGUAGCCUUCAAUAUUUCAUUUAGUUUCCCAGUUGUAUCAUGUCAAAUAGACCUUGUCAUUGUGACAAAAUAGAUGAUGUUUUCAGUAUUAUUUUUCUUUGAUGAUUGACAGAAGUCAGGUUGUAAAAGCAGGAGGGACACAUUUAUUUGAACAGAAUUGUAGUCUUUAAAUGUUUAUUGGCUUAAAUAUGAAUGAUGGAUAGAAAGACAAUGUCAGACUUCACUUUCUACCACACACAACACAUCAAACCUUAUCGUUUUGUGACAACAGGUGGUUUGCACUCACACAUGUGGUCAUGCACAUAUACUUUUUUCCUCAAGUCAUGAGUAACUACAAGAUUUGUUGUAAAGUUACGGAGAACAGCUCUGUAAGGAUUUAUUUCACAAUAUAUGAGCACAUAAACUGGAGGAGCAGGCACACAUAGCACACACAUGGGCACACAGACACGCACUUUCAUACUGAUUCGUAAACACACACCUACAGGUGCUAAUUACAACAUCAAUAAUUUAGAGCUGGGUCAUGAUGAGAGGUAUUUGUUCCAAACAGCUGGUUGAAAUUCAUACAUCACAAACAAACAAGGAAAUGAUGCCAUAUAUUUUAAUUGUAGGUUAAUUCAUCUGUUGUUUUCGGUGAUUAUUUUUGUAUGUGUAUGUCUCUGUAUAUGAUACUGCUGUGAGUUUCAUGGGAAAGCGUGGUUCUAAUUAAGAAGCAAUACAUCAGUAUGGGGAGCAGGCCAUCUUGUCUGGGCUGCAGAGACGAUAAGCACAUAAACAUAGUGUUUCCUGUCAUACUGAAAUACUGCAACAUUUACCGCUACACCAGCCCAACGAGAUAUCACAAAGGUGUAUGCCUGGCUGCCUGUGUGUAUCAUUUUUUGAUGCUUGUUCUCCAUAAAUAAUGACACUUGUAUUAGAGUGCUGGCUGGUUACAAAGCAUUACACUUCAGUUACGACACUUUCUGCUCCGCCAAAGAACAGGAAUUAUGCUGCAGCCUAAUGUGUUUGAAAUGUUUUUUAUUAGCAUAAGAAAAUGUUCACACUUGUGAGGGAGUGAGGUUAAAAGAUGCAGUGACAGUUUGUAUUCAUGUCUGAGGUGGUAUGUGGAGAUAGAAGAAUUACCCUGACGGCACAGCCAGGGAAUGAUGAUGGAUGGAAGCGAUGCUAUGACUUAAAGAUGAGAGCAUCAUAUCAAGAAUACAUAGCAGUUCAGACGAUGGCAUUGGUCAGACUUUCUUGAAGGAAGCCCAUCAUUAGUUGACAGGAAUUUGUUGAUAUGUUUUAAUGCAGCCAUGUUGUUAUCGUCUUGACCACAGAGCCAGUGUUAAUUUUGGCAGCUAUUUUAGACAAAAAUGACCUUCUGUUUUUUGUACAUUUGAGUCUUUUUUUGCUCUUUAUCGAUUUGGUUAAGUUUUAGCUAAUCAAAACUAUAAACAUUUUUCUAAGUUUUUGUCCAAUCCAAUCUAAUUCACUUGAUUUCUAUAGCACGUUUUAAAAACAUUCAAGUUUACCAAAGUGCUGUACAGUAAAAUCAAAACAACAAACACUGCAGAAAUUUAAAAAAAAAAAAGAUGAAAUCAAUAAAAGCAGGUAAAACAUUUAAAAUAAAAUAAAAUAAAUGAAAUAAAAACACAAAAUCAUAAAAGAAAUAGAAGUAAUUACAGGACCAUAAAAGACAUUGUCUAUGUAUUUGCUUACUUAUGUUGAUGAACACUAUGACAAAAUUUAGUUUUCUAUGAAAUAAACACUCGUGCAGAGCUUUGGUAAAAAAAAAAAAAAAAUUAUAAUAAAUAUAAAAUAAAUAAAUAAAUAAACCUUUUAUAAUUCCUCGUGCUAAUCCUGGUCAUAUAUGAAGAGCAGAAGCAAGGACUCACAGUACACCUCUGCACCAGUUUGAACUAAACAGACGAUCAGCCUUGCCUCUUUCACAUUAACCACUGCCUUUCAAGUGUAACUUACCGGUGAUUUCCAAACUCUUUUUGAAUUGUACAGCUGCUCUUUAGGGGCAUCUUGAUUAUACAGUUUACACAGUGAGCAAAAGUAGCAUGUAUAUCAAAAGAAAAGACUGUAGUUAAUGUGAUGAACCAGAAAACACAUUAAGGCUUUAAACAGUCAAACUCUUUGUUAGUGUUGGCCGGGGUUUCCUCUUAGUUUCUCUGUGAAACAUGUUGGCUAACUUUAAAGAGAGCAGGCAAAGGUAGAAGUUUGGCAGUUAUUCAGGUGUUCAAAGGAGUGCUGUAAAAGCGAUCCACACAGAUUUUUUUUUAGAGCUCUCUUUCUUACCUGUCUUUUUCUUUCAAACAUACAAGUGCAAUGUUGACAGAUCUGUAGAUCUUCAAUCUGUUAUUUAUGCUCUUGCUCUGCAGUAUAAUGUGUAUCUGUGUCAUGCACCACUCAUUUUUUCUUCCUCAGCAAAGAUCACAGAGCUCCCAGAGUCUAUGAACUAUUAUCUUUUGACUUGAAGCUUGCCGACACACUCACACACAAAGACACCCAAAGAAUAGGUGAGCAAAUUCAGUUUUCAGAGAGGAACUGAGAAAAUCAGUUUGUGAAGCGAACACAAGUGAUUAUAAAGCCGGACCAGCAGCUCAGGGGCAAAUGUAGUACAUCAUCCUCUGUUUUGACCUGCCUGAGGACCAGAUUUAAUGUAGCUUUGUCUUUCGGUUGACAAGACCUUCUGACACUUGUUCUCACCUUGUCUGAACAAAUAGCCGAGACUCCUUUCUCCUGCUUUUGCUGUCUGAACAGCCUCCCUCUGUUUUUCCUAUCAAUAUUUAUAACCAUGUAAUUUUUUUGACUUAUCUCUGUACCGUUUUCAUCCUAGCAGUUGUUAUAGAAUUGGCAGAACGUUUUCUUGCCUCUGAUUAGCUUCCAUCAGUCUCUGGACUCUCUGUUUUGCCCUGUCCUAUUGCUCACACUGGGAAAGAGGGAAUUAAGAUGGGACACAAUUAUUUUGGCAUUAGACUGCAUAGAGUGUUUGUAAUAUAAUGGCUAUCAAGGACACAGGUGUUCUCAGUUCUUCCUUUUGGGGACAUCAUGGGUCAGGCUCACCGGGUUGUGAAUUCCUUGAGCUUUAAGGUCCUUACACAUCAGGGCCGGCGCAAAUAUAGAACACAAAAUUACGAAAUAUUACAAAUUUUUACACACCUGACUAUACACUUCAAGCCCGAUGCGAUUUUGCAACUUACCGGGGGGAAAAGACGCAUCCCGGGUGGAAGCGAGAAGACUGACACAACAGCAGACUGACUGUUUUCAGUUCUGAUUAGACACUAGUGUUGAGAUGUCUGUCUGUCAUGAUAGCAUGUACUGAGUCGGGGCCAGUACCAGAUAAGCACAUUAAACUAUAAUCCAUUAACGUAACGUAACAACCGAGACCUAAUGGUGCUGUGACAGCAACGUGAUUGAGUUUGAGACAGUGAAAAUACAUAUGGUAUGUUGUAUCUGAACAGGUUAGCUUGCGAGCUAAAGUUACUUAGCACAGAUGAUAUUAAAUCAAAGACGUUCAGCAAACUGUUAAAGCACACAAACCAUCGUCAUAUGAGAAAUCUGACGCUAUGACUCUCCACAAGUUGUCCUUCAGGUCGUUAUCUUUGUAAUGUGUGUGUAAACAAUCAGCCGGUCGGCCAUGUUGGAUAUACCGGUGAAUCAGACAUUGCAACAACACGCAAUCUGAUUGGUUAGAAGUGGACACACAGUAUGCAAAUUUAGAAAAAUCGACCAUGAUCCGAAAAAAUAAAUGCCGCAAUAUCGCAGGACGGGAAAACGUUGCUGAUGUGAACACUUGUAUUGACAGGAUAUGGGUUCGAAAAAACUUUUAACGACCGAAAUAAUCGCACAACAAAAACGGUCCCGGUGUGAAAGGACCUUAACUAUAAAUAUUGAAUUUCCCUUUGGGAAUAGUAAAGUUCUUCUUAUCUUAUCUUAAAUAAUUUGACACAACUUGCAAAUUCAAUAUGUGUCUAUGGUUCACAAGGAUUUUCGGUGCAGAUUUUAUGGAUUGUGUAAUUUAAAUAAAUUAGUUCUCUUUUUUUUUAUUUGACCAGGAGCUAAAAUGUUCCCAAAGUAGCAAAGUCACAUUCACUUUAGGCAGUCUGAACACAAGUUGGGAUGAGGUGAUGUAAUGUGCAGUUGUGAUGGUGACCUACCGUGCACCACAGUUGGCUUGUCAGUACUGCGGUACUUCAUUUUUGCUGUUAGUCCGUAAGCCUUUUUUCGGCCCACAGGAACCUUUUUUGACAAGGGAGCAUUGGGUGUUAUUUAUGCUGUUGUUUUAUAAAAGAGAUUUUCCAUUUACUUGGAAAAAAAGAGGGAGGAAAUAGUUUGUACAAUCAUGUACAAUUUUUCCUUCUCUUGGUGUAACAGGUAUUGUCAGUUAGUCAUGUUUGUGCAUGUCAUUCGAAUGGCGGUGUUGGAUGUGCCAGACUGAAAACAAACGGCAAAAUUAAAAAAAAAACCUUGCUUGCAACACGAUAGCACCCCCCCACCCCAAAACACACCCACCCAGUCUGUGAGCUCAAAUGAACAGUGUGUUGCAGUUUUUUUUUUUUAGCUGAUUAAAGAUAGCAGUGUGAAGAAGUCUGCCAACUGCUUUCACUGCAUGCAGUAGGUGUAGAUGAAAGACUUGGUUUGUGUCUUUUUGUGUAUGUUUGUAAGACAGAGCGACAAUAAAAGUGGUAAUGUGCUUCUGUCUGUAUUUUUCGAAAAACAACUUUGAGCCAUUGUUUUUUUUUUUUUUUAAGUGCAUGUUUACUCUUGACUAUGUGAGUGGGUGUAAUUGAGUGUGAUUCUGUGUUGAUUAGAUAAUGAGAACUUUGCCGAGGCAAAAUGCACAGAGAUACACACUCACACACACACACUCACACAAACACACACACACGUACUAUUUACCUCCAGGUUGACUGUCCUGAGGUUGGCUGUCCUGAGGGGACACCCUGUCAUCCUGUACUGACAGUGGUGUGCCUUUACUGUCUCCCCUAGCGACAGUCCAGUUGCCAAGGUGAUGUCGCCAGGGUGAUUACCUGACGCCCACCCUCAGUGUCAGCACAGCCACAGCCACGAUAUCAGGGGUGUUGGCAACUCUUGCCAUCACGCACACACACACACACACACACACACACACACACACACACACACACACACACACAAACAAACAAACAGAAUACAGAGAGACACUCUCUCACACACAAAUAGAGUCUGACUUCCUGUGCCUUGACAGGCUGCCAACUCAAUCCAAAAUAAACUUCUUUCAAAGACAGCCAGACAUCACAAUAGCAUAAAUAGCAUAAAUAAUUCAGCAACAUGAGCAUGAAUAACUUGUGACUAAAUGAGAAUCCCUCUCCAUUUCUUUACUUUCUGCAACUGACAGAAGUGUCCUCCAUGAAUGUGUGUGCAUGUGAAUUCAUGCAUGUGCACAUUUGCAAAAAAUGUUCUUGUAUUUGAAUUUGCAUCUCUGCCAGUGUUCAUUUCUUUUGACUAGGUAUGAUUCCUGCAUUUUGUCAUGUACUGUAUUUCUGUGUUAUGAUUAACUGACCUUUAUUGUCCUUAUUUAAAUAAACAAUGUUCAUUUGGUCUCUAACUAUGUUAUGUAAUUUAGGCCCCAGUGAUAUAAGCCAUGUGCAGAAUAAAUUUUACCGUAGCUUAAUUAUUCUGUUGGCAAAUGCUUUUUUCUUUUGGUUCAGGGCUGAGGGAUCAGAGACUGUGUUGUGAUAAAUUAAACACUCUUGACUAAAGGAACUGCUAUUUUAUGGAUUUAGUCAAGGGACUAUGGAGUUGGUAACAAAGGGGUGCUACACCUAUUUUCAUGCUGGUAUUAAUUUAUUUUUCUAGACUCCACUUCUUUCUCCUACUCAUGGCACUGUUAUUUAAACUGCUUCAGUCCCCUUGGGUCCUCCGCUGGAUUAAAAUGCAUUAUCUCUGAGUUUUGUUACGUAUACCCUGCCUCUUCUUUCAUCCAAUUGAAAUUACAGGGGUAACUGCAUGGUGUUCGCUUUGCAGAUUUAGCUUAAUCCCACAAGCCUUAUACCAUUUAAAAUGUUUCUUUGGGUUUCAUCACCUUGUAUGCUGAAAUUGUAAGAAUCUUUCUUCUCUCAAUUUUCACAUUGUAUGUAAUAUGAGAGGGUAUACCAAAGCAUCCAAAUGCAUUGAAGUGCCCUUCAAAGUAGAAACCAUAUUGUCUCCUCCAAUUCUUUUGUUCAGUUUGGCUGUUUAAGUCAUCAAGAUCUUGACUGUUGCAUUACUACAUUUAUUCUUAUCACAUCUUUUGAUUCAGACAAGAAAUCAAAUAAAUUAACAGAACUAGCAGCAUUUAAUUUUGAACCUCUAAAUUGAUGUAACUUGAUUCAAUGUUAACCAUGAAAUCGUAGAAGGGUUAUGCAUAGGCCUGUCACGAUAACAGAUUUUGCUGGACGAUAAUUGUGCUACAAAUUAUCGCCGAUAAACGAUAUUAUUGACACCGUUUUUUAAAUUAUAGUAAAUGAUAUUAAAUGGCAUAAUAAUGCGAGUACACCGUGUCAAAAGUGAUAAACUUUAAUUUCACCCACGACGAAGACGUAACGUUGACGAGCUAAACAUAAGUCGGAGAUGACUAAGAUGUGACGAGACGAAAGUGCGUUUACGUUGAUGGGACGAGACGAAAAUGACGAACAGAGUUGCAAAACUCAGUCAGUUAAACGCUAAACAUAUAGGAGCAGCUUCAGUCCGCUCUGACAGCUCUCAUCAGCCUGCUGUGCUCCUCCAACACACAGACACACACGCGCGCGCGCACACACGUGGAGUUUUGUGGUUGACGAAAAAAAAAUGGUUUAAAGCCGAAAUAUUCCCACACUUGGGCUGUUGCGUUCGGUUUAGACACCAAAGCUGUCGUGUUCAUUCUGUUAGCUUGCUUUUCACUCACGACGCUCACUUACAGCACUGUAUCCAAAAGUCUGUAGCUGCGUCCGAAUUGCCAAGUAGUAGUCGAAGUAGUAGUCGAAGUAGUAUCUAGCAUGUCCGAAUUGGCUACCGGAGCGAGUAGCAUGCUACUUCAGAUACUACUUCAGAUGCUAGACACGCCCACAUUGUAGGUUGGUCUCGGUGCAUCCUACGGGCAUGCUACUGACCCAAAAUGCACCGCGGGCUUCUUCUUCGUCCUCUUAAAAGUUGUAGAAGCGCAUGUGAUGCUAGCGCCACCAGCUGCUGCCUAUUUAGAUGCGUCGCGAACGCCGGCUGGCCACAGCAGCGCGCACCAUGUCGGAGCAGCAGCAGGCGGGACCGCAGCAGUACAGAUGUAAGUUUCAUGUAACUUCACACACUGUCCUUAAAAAUGUGCGGUUGUAUCUCUUUGUCAUGUCAUGGUGUCAUAUUUUCCCAAGUAAUCAUUUUAUGAGCAAGUGGCGACAUCAUGGAGGUAAAGCUCACUUAUUCCAUCAUUAAACUGCACAGCUGCAGUACUACAGCCAGGCCCACAGAUGAAGGGCUUCAGUUACCACUGUCUGCACGGGCGCAGUACCUACUCUCUGCCUGCGGGGGUCGUCUUUCCCCACCGCUCGUCUAGUGUGUCCGAAUUGGGCCAACGUUUUUAGUAUGUAGGAGUAGGAUCUAGCAGUAGCACGUAGCAGUAGCAUGUAGUAUCCGAGCGGGCAGUUCGGACGCAGCAUGUGUCUGUGUGCCUGUGCGCGCCUACGUGUACCUGCUUGUGCCCCCCCCCCCCCCGUGACAAAGAUACUGAAUGACUGACAGGAGGGUUCACUAACUCCGUUCAUUCCGCUAUAGAGCCAACGCCCCCAGGUGCCGAGAAAAAUGGGCAGAGUGAGACCUCUUCUGUCAUCCAGCGUGUUUGGUAGCGAGAGAGGAGGAAAACAAACGCACGUAAAUUAUCGAGGCUGGCAAAAUGACCGACCUCGUUUUUAUUUACCGAGCGAUAAGGCGAUUUAUUGAUUAUCGCGACAGGCCUAGUUAUGCAUAUUCAAACUUUUCCUGUAAAUUGGCAUAACCCUCAGUUAAAAUGGUCAAAGAAAAAUUAAUUUCCUCUCAUUUUGUUUAUCAAUCUUUCUAGGAAUUAUCAGGGCUUUAGAUGGAAGUCUGGACAGUGUGGUUCUCUAAAAAACGCAAACAACGCCACUAAGAACAAGAGCAACAUACCCCAACAGGUAAAAAUCUCUUCUUUCACUUGUGCUUGUGUUAAUCUUUUGGACUAGGUGUUAUCCUUCACCUGUGCAUUUAUGAAUUUCAGUGAUUUAAGACGAUGUGAUUGAUAAACUGCUAAAAAACAAAAUAUUUUUAAUACCCUGAAAAGCUUUACCUGUGACCCUGUUGUUCAUAGAUGCACCAUGUACCUUAAUACAGAUACAUCUGUUAUCUUAUCUCCGUUGUCUUCUCUGUUUUGAUCUUGGAGGGUCUAGAGCUGAUUUAAGGACAAAGAGUAAGAUAGUCAAUCAGAGGGAUGACACACCCAGAGAGACAACUGGUAACAUUAAACCUACAGGCAAUGUAGCGUUACCGUUUAAGCUGUUGAGCAUGUCUUUGCACUGUGGGGGGAAAGCAGACAUUCACCAGUAGACUGAAUACGAUUGAGCAAACUUCAUACAGAAAGGUUUUUGUCUUCAAAUCAGACACCUUUUUGAGUGAGGUGCCAUUGCUAAUCAUAGAAUCCCCGUGCAGCCACUACAAGCACAACGGUACCUUAAACUAUUUUCAGUCCGUCACUGUGCUGUGCGAAGGACACUUUACAUCUUGUCCCUUAAUAACAGAAACUGUUUUGAAUUUAAGGGGGUGAAUCUCUUGUGUCGGAUGUUUAAUCAGAUAAAAAGUAACCUCUUCAUAAAGGUAAAACCUCCUGAGAGUUGAAAGGAACAACUUCCAAAAGUGACUGAAUUCUGAAAAUUUCAAUUUCAGCAGGGGGUUGCUCCGGCCAUUAAGUGGCCCUUUGAGGAGUGGUAGUGGAGUACGUAUGAAAAAGGAAGAUUCUCAGAAGAAAAAAACAACAAUCUUUAUGUGGACUGAAGUGAAAUUCAAAUGAUUUUUAAUACUGAUUCCUUAUUAGGGAUAUCUGGAAACACCAUCUUGUGGUACAGUGAGUGGGACUUUAAGAUGUCUUUAAAGGCAGUUGUCAACUUGAGAGUACCACAGAGUUAUAAAGAAAAGAAAGUAGCAAAAAAUAAAAGGCUAAAAUGACAUUGAAGAAGUUUAUGUUUUUUCCAAGAGUGACUUAUUUAUUCAUUUGCAUAUUCAAAAUACUCACUUUUGUUAGGCGUAAAAAGAUCACUUGAACAAGGAAUGGAAAAAAGACUUUGCAGGUGUAUGAGGACCCUGAGAGCUUACAUAAACUGUCACUACUGGUUUGUCAAUCUCUGUCACCUUAACAGCUGUCAGCAGGCAAGGUGAAGAUCCGAGUGGUGAAGGAUGAACCGCUGACAGGUAAGAAGUUUACAGAAACUGAACCAGGUAGAUCUAACACAGAUUUGCACUGAGGAUAAGCAUUUGAUCCUCUGAUACACUCUCCUGCUCUGAAAUUCUUUCUACCCUCGACAUUGAAGUUAGUAUCCAAGGGCAGCUUCAGGUCAGCACCAUGGGAUCUAGUUCAGUGUGUUAUUCAUAUUUACUUCAGUAAGACUGGAACUUGCCAUCAUCGGGGCAAGACAGCAGAGUACUCUUGUGAAUGAUUGACUAGUGUUACCAGCUGCCAAGCAGAAUUAUUCAUAUUUUUGAUCUUACCUGAGGCACAGUAUCAUGCCUUGAGAGUUCGAGGGUUUCACAAUGUGCUGAUGCUAACAAAUGCACCAAACAAAUGUUCUCCACAAACCUGAAAUGGUCUGUCAUUGUUGCAAACCCAAGUAGUCGUAAUUGGAUUAUUCCAAAUAUUUUGUGCACAAGUACAAGCACAUCUAUUUUUUUUGCAUUAUUGUUGCUUUCUACUGGUAAGACAAUACAUCAAUGUGUUCAAAGUCUCUAACAUUCAGCAAAAGCCUUUAACAACAGCAUGCUUUUUUCCUUCAGCUCCACCUCAACCACCACCUCCAUUACAACAACCUGCCAUUGGUCCACAAGCGAUAAGGAAAAACAGACUGAGGGGAAAAAUCUGUGGACAAGUCAAGACUGCUGGACUAGUAUGUAUGCAAAUAAAAAUAGAGGACAUAACUAAAUUCAGAGUACAUAAAAAGCCCAGGAUAAAAAAAAGGGAGUUCUUGGAGGGUUUUAGUUUCUUUUAUUACGUCAUUGACUCAUUUUAGGUCUCUUAGGGGGCUGAAUGUGUUUUUCCUUUAAUACCUCACACUUUGCACGUUGGAGAACCUUGAUAACACGGCACAGUUGGUCAGAUUGCAUUUCUCUUUUGUGGCUGUUUGUUGUUGGCUGUUACAUGGAUAUGAGAGCUGGUGUCAUGGGGCAUUGGUUCACCCAUUUAUGGCUACUGGAAGUGAAAAUGAUGCUUGUGUUUGUGAACAACAUCUAUAAACAAGCCAAAUACUUAAACGCAACUGGCUUUCAUGCUACUAUAACAAUCUAAUGUAAAAGAUACAUAUUUUGGUUCAACGUGUUCCCAAGAUUUGAAGUUUAGACCCUACAUAGAGUUUUUAAAUGUCACAUGUCACAUCACUUGACCCGUAGUCGCAUGUUGUCUCAUACUUGAGUCUUACUUUGUCUUUUCACCUGUCACUCUGUCUUUUUAUUUAUCUUAUCUUAAUUUCCCCUUCAGGGAUUACCUAGGUUUAUCUUCUUUUUCUUCUUCUUGAUGUGUCCUCUCUUUCCCUCUCUUCUUUCUUUGACACAUGCUUGCUAUUUCAUGUAUUCAACCACUCCAGCACAGUUCUUCUCCGUCUUACCGAUUCUCUGUGUUCCUGUCUGUCCUCCUCCACUCUAUCAUAUUUGUCUGUCUUUUCUUUGCUCUCUCCCUCUUGGUUGUUCUCUACUCUGUCUCUGCUGUUUUAUCUGUUGGUCUGUCUUGGUGUUUGUGUUUGCACUGAUAACAGUUUAGCUGGAUCCGUUCAUCGAUACUCCAGACCUCUGAGGGCACCAUUGUUUAUUCUUUCACGCUCUUCAUCCACUGCUGCCCAGGAGGAGGGGCCUGCAACUGCAUGCGCGAACGAGAGGGAGCAAUAGACGGAGAAAUGAAAAGGAGUCCUGUAUAUUUUGUGUGUCUUUGUGUGUGUGUGUGUUAGUAUGUAUAAAUAAUGCACUACGCAAAGUGAGCCAAGAUAUGCAAGCUCGAUGACCAGUUACUUGCAAAUCCCUGCCCACAAGAUUCUCAAUAUUUAUGUAUAAUUCCUGUCCUGUCUGACCAUGAACACAGCAGAGUUUAGUUUUGGAUAACUAAGAGAGGAAGCGCAGGAGCAAUGAGGAAGGAGAAAGACUGAUAGAAAGAAAGAAUGAAGGAAAGGUAGGGGUCGUCUGAGUUAGAAACGAUCAUUUGUCGGCCCUUUUGUUGUGGGAUCCUUUAUUUUAAAAGCAGCACACACAUUCUGCUGAAAUGGUAUGUGGUCAUUUGUUUGAUAGUGUGUUUGAUGAUGAUGGUGCUAAAUUGACCAAUGAAGCACCCAGUCCCCUCAGCGCCCUAAAGUGAUGGACUCGGUGACAAUGCUGAUAGCAGUCUGGGCAAGCACAUAAGCUCACAUACACAGGAAAGUACACUAUCCAGUCACACACACACACAUUCUAGAUAGCCCUUGUGCCCUAUAAUGACGGCAAUAAUAGAAAGUGUUAUGACUGUCUGUGCAAUUCAGUGUGGAACUGCUCUUAAGCACAUGAGCAUGCAUGCUUGCUUUCACACAAACAAACACGCACACACAACCAUAAACCCAACCGGGCUUAUUUUAAACCAUGACUCACGCGUACUGGCACAAGCUACCUAACUUGCAUGUGCACACACGCACACACACUGCACGCUAAGCCUUGUGCUGUACUCCAGAGUCAUCCAGGCAAAAAAGGGGCCAUUUCCUCCUGCGUAGCACAGGAGAGUGCAGUGAUAUGCCACUUGCAGCCUGAUAGGGAUGCCUAGUCCCUGGGGAGUGACUGUAAUUUAUUCUCAGGCCUGAGAGGGGAAAUGAGGCCUUGCUUUAUGGGACAAUUAAAGGGCAAUGUCGCAGCCGUCGACUUGCAUGUGUACUCUCACAACCACACGUACACACUCACCCAUGCGCCAAAAUCUUUAGAGGCAUAAAUCUGAAGUGUGGUAAGUGGUAUGUGAUUAACAAAAAAAAAAAAGGAGCAGGAUGAAUUGAUGAUUCUCCAAUAAGUUUGCAUACAAAGACUUCCCCACAAAAAUGAACAAACUGCUAAAUAAUGAGCAAAGUCUAUAUGAUCAAAUCAUUGAAUUGAGGGAGUGCACCAUUUAAUUUUUUCAAUGUGGCACAAAAAAUGAAACAGGCUAUAAUGCAAAAAUAACGAAACAAACCAAAUUAAGGGGAACAAACAGAUUAUGGCUUUCUGUUUGUUAUUUCUAAAUUUGAAACGCCUCAGUCCUUUUCUCCCUCAUUUAAUAUCACUUCCAAACAUCCUCUCUUCUCAUUGGCUCUGCACACUCCUCCUGUUCUUGCCCGAGUGCUUAGUCCACCUGGCCCAGUCUUAUCUCCCCAACCUGCUGAUGCAAGGACUUUUCUCCUACUAAUAAGCCCAGAUUCUCACAGAUAGAUAUGAUAAUGACCUCCCUUAAGAUGCAUCCACUCACACACUAGCAUGCACAACACCCACAGUCAGUCCAAUGCAUACAUGCCACACAAGCUCUCCCUACCUUGCACUCUGUACCUCAGUUUCUCUCACCCGAAUCUGACACUCACGCACACUCACACAUGCACAUGCACGCACACUCACAGUGUUUUGCCUUUGAAUCCAUUUCAAAAUCCAUUCCUCCUGUCAAAGUUUGUUUAGCAAGGUUGAGUUAAGACUAAGGGAAAAAGGUAUCCGGCCUUCAAUUUAAAUCUUUAACAAACACUACCUUAGCAUCUGCUUGCCAAUGCAAAAUGUUACAUACACACGCAAACACAUGGCCUGUAUGCACACCCAAAAUUACUCUCAGGUUAUCUCUUGCCUCCUAAAGACACAUUAGCAUACAGAUUCUGACAUCCAUCCCUUGAUUCUUUUUGGCAAACAAACGCACAACCACCCCCCCACACACCCCUGACUGUGUGUCUUUGUAUAAAAGAUGUACUCAGAGGACGACUGCGUUGGCUGUUUUACCAAAUUCAACCAGAGGGGGGCACUUAAGCUCCAUAAGUUCAUCCCCCAUUCAGGUAAGCACUGCCCUGUGUGCAUCAAGUCAGUUUUCUCCCUAGUGUGUGUGUUGCUCUUUCUAGCUUUCUCUGUCUCUGUUUCUCCUCCACAGAUACUUUGAAUAACAGCUGUCCUGAUCCUCAUUCCGUCUACUAACCUCAUUCUUUGCUUUAUAGUUCUUGCAUCCAUGACCACAAAAAUGUACCGAUCUCAACUCCCAGACUUUCUGUUCCUGCAUCCUAUCUUACUUUUGUGGCUGCCAUGCCCAAACACACAUGGACACACACGCACAUACGUGAACAGUGCAGCCUUUUCCCCUGUGAACUGUGUGUGUCCUUGUCUCCUUCUCCCUCCCUUUCAGCCUUGCCUCUCUUUCUUAAACUCGUCCUCUCUCAUUUACACUCUCUUUCCUACACUGUCCUUCUGUCACUCCUCCUCAAACAUGUACAAACUGGGACCGAAUCAUGUGCUUAUACCAGGAAAGAGAGCAUGUAACAGGCCUCAGGCAGCAGCCAUCACAACAGCAGCCAUCAGUCAAAGAUGAAGGGAGACAGGACAGCAGGUCAAUAUCAAAGAGUUUAAUUAAACAAAAUGGAAAAAGAUUCUUUUUUCACUUCACAUAGGAAGUAUCUUAAUUGAAUCAUGACAGCUACCUUUCAAGUGAAAUACAACUAGAAAAGCAUAUUCCUACAAUAUUAGAUUUUGGGUGGAAUUGUGUAUCAUUGCGAAAUGCUUUAACAGCUGUUAUCACACAUGCACUCUGGAAGUUUUUGGAAAGUUUUAGGAAUAUUUCAGGAAGAGUUCAGGGGCUUUGACUGGAAAAUUUACUGAACCCUUCACACAUCCACCCUCACAAUGUAAAGUCUCCCCUGUCGGAUGGCGGGCUUUACAGGAGGCUGAUCAUUAUGCCAGAUAGAUCCAGAUACCAUAGAUGCUGUGGUAUCUGGAUCAGACAGAUCCAAUCCAAAUUUGCUUUGAACAACUGGGAUAAAAGUAAGACAGAUUUGAUCCAGAUUACACCUUUUGAAUUACUGGGCCCGGUUUCCACUACAAGUCAUUUCCUUUUUUAUUUCUCACCGUCGUAUUCAAAGAAAUCCCAUACAGGACUCUGCCACUUUCUCCCAACUUUUGCCGUUAUUUUGCCAAGUAGAGUUGGGACGAGAAGCUGACUCUAAACGAGAAGUGACAAACCGUGAUGUGCCACCAGCUCACUUAAAAUUGCUGAAGCGAAAUGAAUCAAUUUUAUAUCAAUCUAAAAUUGACAAAGACAAAAAUGAAGGUAUUUUUAUCUAUAAUUUCAAUACGUUUUUGUUGGCUUUGUAAACACACAGUACAGUUUCAGUUAAUUAUCGUUUUUAUUUAUUUCAGUUAACGUGAAUGUUUUUUUCAAUUUCAGUCCUCGUCAUUUCGUUCCUUUUAUUAAUGAUAAUAACCUUGGCCCACAGCAGCUGUAUCAUCAUGUGCCCCACUUUUCAGCUGCGCAUUUGUACAAAGGGUUGUAUGAUGUGGUUUGGUCACCACACUGUUAUUUUAUUGGGUGGCCACAAAGGUAAACAGCCAAACAAAGUGACAGAGUCAAAAUGACAAGUAUUGAUACUACUCUGCGAAAUCCCACAGGAUACAACACUCUUUCUUCCCUCUCCAUCUCUUUCUCUAUGUAUCUCUCUCUCUCUCUCACUCUCUCCAUCUCUUCAUCUUUCUAUAACUCCUGACGCCAGUCAAUCAGUAGUGCAUGGGUGGAAGCGUAAUUACAGUUUCAAACACAUACACAUGCAUGCGCUUAUACAAUCACACAUGGAAAGCUAUGUAUUUUGGCAAGGCAUAAAGGACCAUAAGGGAUUAUACUCAUGCAGCUGACGCAGACACAUCUCCCUCUCUCUGUUAAUCCUGUUUCGUUUGCCUCGCAAAGAAUGAGGGAAAGAGCGACAGCCACAUGAGUGAGAGAGACAGAAAGAUUAUUAAUUUCAUUAGGUCAUUGUAUUUGUUUUCUUUUUUCAUGACCGCACCAUCUAGUAUUGCAGGCUCUCACUAACACGCAUACCUAGUUGAAAGAGGCAUUCUUUGAUAUGGCCUAACCCGAGUGAAGUACUAUGAGGGUGUGUUAUUCUGAAUCAGAGCAGUUUUCGUCUUUGGAUUUUUGCCACACAGCAGUUAUACAGAUUGUACCGGUGCACAUUAUUCAAAUAAAGGGAACUUUGAGAUUGUUUCAUGGGAUGGUCUGUCGCUGCAAACAACAGCCAUACCUUUCUGGUUCGGAUCACAUGAGAAGCAAAGAGUGAGCAUCUGCUUCACUGGCAUCACUGACAUCCCUUGCAUGCCUGAAGCAUCCUGGCAGAAAUGUUCCUCAGUUAUUUGUAUUCACAUCUUAGAAACAUACGCACAAAGAGAAGAGAGGGAGAGAGGGUGAUUGACAGAUGGAUGGAUGGAUGGACACAGAGGGAGAAAUGGUUAGAUAGAUGGGCACACAGACCUUUAUUAUCACACACUGCACAAGUACAGUAAUGGCAUUUCUCAGUAUCAUUUUUCAGUAAAGCAGUGCCUGCUCAAAGUAGCUUGAAUUCUUAACUAAGCAUCUUGACACUGUCACAAUAUACCUCAGUGACAGCUGUUUUGCCUCCCUUGGUCACCUGCUUUUGUUUCACGUGUUCAGUGAGACAAAAACAGGUCUUCACUUUGACCCCAGCAGGAUUCCAUGGGCUACAGGGUGACGACAUGCUCUGUCCUGGCUGUUUUGGUUGUUUUUAAUCAAGUGAUGAAAAUGUCCUAGUGUUUAUUGUUAUUUAUUGUUUUUAUUGAGCCACUAGAAUGAAGAAGAAAACUAAAGAUAUAGAAUAUCUUAUUGCCGGGUGAGUCCCAGUUUUUACCUGGUUUUUGGUCAUCAAAAUAUGGUCAUCUUAAUGGAGUGUCUUGUUACAAAUAUGGGAUCAGUGAGUGUAACAGUUCUCAGUGUAUAAAAACAAGUCUAUUUAGUGAUAUGUAGCUAGGCUGAAAUGCUCUCCCGCUUACCUCACUAGUCAUAAAGCCAAUGUUAGCCUCAGGGGACAAAAAGUGGUGAUGCAACAAGAGUAUGAUCCUCCAUUUGUCAAGUUUUACCAUCAAAAAUGCUAAUAAGUAUGAACAUUUGAGCACUCUCAUCUCCAUCUAACCAGUGAAUUUCACACAGUAACUUACAUGAUACCAAAAAAAAAAAACUUUUUUAACUUGACCUGUUUUGUCCAACUGAUGAAACAUGGCAGUGCAAGAUGGUGGCCUGCAAGGGAGGAGACCCCUGCCUAUGAAGAUAUAAUCUCAUGGAUAAACAAAUGUGCUUUUGUAAUCAGGCGAUUUUAGACUGAUUUUAACAUACUAGCAUUAUAAGUCCAGUGACUUUUCCAUACUGUACCUUUAAAGCAAGUAGUUAAUUGAGGAUGAAGGAAUUCACACACAUAGAUACAACUAACCAUGUGUAAAACUUACAUGGUUGUGGGGUGAUAUGAUGGAGAAAGAAUAAACUUAUGCUGAAUGCAGAUGCCGGUAGUGUGGUUUCAGUGAGUCUUAGAUGGACUGUCAAGCACUUUGAAACUUAAUAAAGCUUCAAGUGUUCAUUUACGAGUACAGUCAGCUGGUGACCAAAAUGAGACAGAGAAAAAGAUUUUCCUUCACAGUGUGUUAAGAUCAGGAGAGGAAUGUCCCCAGGCUUUUCAGAUUGUUUGCAGACAAAUACUUCACUCUUGAAAUUUCAUGCUCAAUGACAAGUUUUCUCACAGAAGGUACUGAGUAAACCUAAUUCAUAACUUGAAGAGACUGUUGCUGUAUAAACUGUUCUCUUCUCUCUCUGUGACUGAUAAGACCAGAUUCAAAUUCAAGACCAAGAACGAGUCUCUGUCUUUGCCAUUUGGACUCAGUUUGAUCCAUCAAUCCAGAAUGACAUCACUGCCUUUUGAAAACGUUCAAGACUGGAGGCAAAAUCUACCACAGGCAGGAUCAAAGAACUUUUACCCAGGAACCAUCAAACAUAGGGAUGAGCUCUCUCUGGAAGGGAGAAAUAUUUACUUUUGUCACGUUACAUUUGCAAUGCCACAACAGGUGCACUUCAGCUAUGGCAGAAUCAGCCUUAAUCGUUAAGACAGUUGUUAUCACUCCACUCUCCUCUAGAAAGUGCCGUAAGUUAAAUUACCAAGUUUGUAGCAAAGGUCCCCAGUGUGAAUUAGUUCAGAUGUCUCCUUUGUUGGUUUCGUAGAAGUGAAUUCUCCAAUAUAUUCUAAUCAGGAAGCCAAGUUAUCAUUAAGAUAAAUUGAAGAAUGAUCAAAAACACAAACAGUUACAGCUUUACUUAAUUGUGCAUCUUUCUGCCUUUUGUGUCUCAGAUAUGCUAAAUUUUGUAGGGUUAUUUGUGUUUUUUGAUGGAAUAGCUCGUUUCUCAAGCAACAUAAUAACAGUCCAUAGCAGAUCUCUCACAGCAGUACUUAUCCAUGGUGAUUAAUGAAACUGUAGAAGAAACUCAGCCACUGCCAAUGUUAUAGCUUAAUGCAGUCAGCACACAUGCAGCAUGCUUCCCAUUUUCCCAAGUGUUGUCCAUAAAUUUUAACCAUUUUCACAAUAGUCUAAAACCUUUGUGUGUGUGUGUGUGUGUGUGUGUGUGUGUGUGUGUGUGUGUGUGUGUGUGUGUGUGUGUGUGUGUGUGUGUGUGUGUGUGUGUGUGUGUGUGUUAGAGAAGGUCAAUCAUUGCAGUUGGACUUGCUUGUAAUCAACAGCAUUGCAUGUUAAGUGUCUUACAGCUUUAGUCCCUUGUUCCAUUCACAUUGUAGGAAACAAAGGUGAGGACGUAAACCCUUUGUCAUUAUUCUGACUUUCAAGGUGAUUUUAUUUAUGUAGGUGUAGCACUUAACUUCACAAUGUCUAUCGAGUGUUUUCUUGAGGUGACAAAAGCCUGCAUCUCCAAUCAUCAGAAAUGGCUGUGAAUCCGUGGCACUGAAUGCCAAAACCACCCUUCUUCUUUUUAUGUGUCUCUGAACCAUUGGGGUGUGUACUGUAUGAUGGAAAGCAUCAGCGUGGAUGUGUUGCUUUUUAGGUGAUGGUGUAACCUGCUUGGCUGUUCUGCCUCCUGACAGUGACAACACUUGGUGCUGCAGCUAUGCAGUCAAUUUGAAAGUGUUUACACAUCUGAAAGAAUGCAGUGGCAGUGAGAGACAUUUGGCAUGAAACAGGCAGUUCAACUGAACUACUGUCCUUGUCCAGUCUACAAGUACCAGGUGGUUAUCGACUUAUUAACAAAAGUUUGUAUGCCUUUGCAAGGGAUGAUGGCCAUAUGCCCCUAUUUGGGCCAUAUCCUUGUCAACCGACUGUGUCGACUAUCCAACUGGCUCGAGGUUAACAGGCUUUAUGUUGAACAAUAAAAACACCCAAAACUCCACAGUUCUGUGAUUUUAGUGUGUACUGUAUGGUAUGCCUUGACAGCUUUGUCAUUUUAUGAGUUUUUUUUUAAUUACCCAGCUUCUCACAACAGAUUUAUGCUUAACUUCCAGGUAAAAGACCAACUUGUGAACAGCUCCUGGCUCUUGGAGUCUGAUUGAGGUGUAUACAUGCAAGAGAAUUAUGUUAUUACAACUACAAGAAAAUCAGUUUACUGUGAUUUCAGUUUGACUAUUACGUUCACUUAUGUAUAACACAUAAACAUAAGUAGUGUAGUGCCUCUUUCCUAAUAGGAUUGCAUCCAAUUUUGUUGUACAUGUACAAUGAUAUUCUGGUUGUUUUUUAUCUUACAAUGCUCAACGCAUUGAGGUAUUGUAUAGUCUGCCACUGAUGCUGUUUACUCCCCCAUCUUUCAAGUGAAAUGAUUGAGGUCAAGUUUACUCACAGGGAGGAGUUUCCUCAUCCCAGUGUCAGGCCUAGAUGCACACGGUAUAAAGCCAGCUUAGAGAGAAACUUAAUGGUGGUAAUUGAUGAUAGUCAGAAACAAAACAAAACAAAUUGUUGAUGCAAUUAUGAAUUGUUCAGUGCUAUAUUGAGAACUGUUGCUCACUGACGGACAACGCCAUUACACAGAGGUUUAUUUAAUUUGAUCUGGACUUGGGAACUAGAAGGAACCAUUGUAAUUUCCAAUUAAGUUUUUUUUUGCCCAUUUCUGGGAGGCUACUAAAUGACAAUUCCCAUAAACAAUGUUAAUGGACAACAAUGUAAGAAGAGCAUAACUGUGGUAACUAAGGAGUAUAAGUGCUGGACUAUGGUAGUGUCUACAAUGGUCAACUUGGUCUAAACACAAGGUAAACUGAAAACCUUCAGCAAUUUGUACAUUCAAAAUUUACAUAGACAUAGACAUGCAAAUUUUCAACAAAGUGAGAUAAUUUCUCUACAAUAAGGUUUCAAUUUAAUAAAAUUUAUAAUGGUUUUCUUUUACAGGCUGAUCUCCAGACCAAUGUGACAACCACCAUUGGCUCUAACUGCUGUCCUGGUGCUUCUUCAAAUCCUAAUUCCAGUUACAAAUGCGGAACUGAUCCAAAUCACAAUUUUACACCCAAUUCAUCAACUGCACAUGAAGAUCAGUGUUCAGGAAAAGAGGCUGAGGCUGAGGCUGUGGCAAAACCGAAGCAGUUUUUUCAUGAUAGUCAGGUAGGUGGAAAUCUUAACAGUACCACACACCAGUACAGACAGGGGAAUAAAUAAUCAUGGACUGGUUUAGGACUGCAAUUACAAAGGUUUAGAGGCAAAGUGACUCAUUUCAUGUGUCACGAAAGUUUCUCUAACCAUGUCUGCAGUUGUCUUGUAAAAAAAAGUUUUAAAUAUUUUUAUUGUUAUUAAUCCCUAUAGGAAUUUCCUAUCAUUGCAUGAACGUAUCAAACUAGAGAGGGGUUUGUGUUUAUUUGACCUCAAAACCCUUUGAGUCUGGUUAAAAAAUACCAAACAAACCCUAAUUUACACUUCAUACACAGGCUGUGUCUAAAGGCAGGCAUGUGAGCUGCUUGAUUUCUUUGUAUAAAAUUGGGAAUCUUCUGUUCAGUGUCUUGUGUUUUCUGAAGAAUCUGGUGCAGAUGAAAACAACUUUCUAAAGACACAUUUCUCUCCAUCUGCUAUCUCCAGCUAUCAUUUUUUAUGUCAGGGUUUAACAGUCAUAUACAUUUAUUUUGUAGUGAUUUCACCUUCAUGUCAUGCUUUGACAGUAAUUGACUGAAAAUUAUGAACUGAUAACCAUUCUGAAUAAAAAAAUCCAUCAUCUACAACAAGAAAACAUCAGUAUACACCACAAGGCCUUUCACCCCCUAAAAUCAUUGGAUAUUUUAUCUUUAUGAAUUCCAUCUGCACUCAUACGAUUAAAUUACUCUUCACCUUUACCUGAGCCAAGCUUCCUUUUCAGAGACCUGGUUUGAAUGUAGAUUUUCCCCUUUCACAUUUUAGUGCUGUAUCAGGAAAGACAUAACCAAGGUCAGUGCUACUUAAAUACAGAUUUCUUCUUGCUAUGUCUAGCCCAGUGAACAAUCGGUAUCCUGUAGCCUUGGAAUGCUCAUUAAUUUUCCUUACUGUUAUUCUUCUGCUGGUAACAAUUGGCUUUUUACAAAGGCACACAAAGUAACAAUUGUUUGGUGUUUUAUCAGAAAACAAGACACGAUUUUUGUGACUAGCAUUUGAUUCAAAAUCAGGCUUACUAGGGGUGUCCUGAUAUAACAUUUUUACUUUGAUACGAGACCGAUUAUGUAACCCUCAGUAUUGGCCAAUACUGUUGUUGUGAUCAUGUGAGCUCUGCAUGCUGGAUCUGGGUGCUGCUACAUAGGGGUACCGGAAUGGUCUGCUUGUAUCGGAGUGCUGAUAUCAGAAAUUUUAGAUGCAGGCUGAUAUUAGGGAUGGGAGAAAAAAAUUGAUUUACACAAGUAUCGCAAUUUUUUGUUUUACAAUUUUAAAUGAAUUGUUCAAAAAUGGAUUUUUUCAAAUGUGAGAAUAAAUCUUAAAAACUGACUUAUAAUAUAAUGUUUAAUUUUGGGGAGUUAUGGUUACUGGAAUAGUCAGUAGACAAUCAUAAUCAUCCAACUGUGUCACUGGUGUUACAAAUGCAGACUAAAAAUCGAGAAAAUCGACAAUAUCGUAGAUUUGCAAUUUAAAUCAAAUCGGCUUCCAAAAAAUCGUAGAAGACUCAAAUCAGGAGAAAAUUAUAUCGUCCCAGCCCUGGCUGAUAUUAUCCUAAUUUUUUUUUUUUUGCUGAUAUCAGACCAAUAUCGGAUAUCAGAUAUCAGUAUCGACAUCCUGAAUGCUAACCAUAGGUCAUGCUAUGCAUAUACAGUAGAUGGAGUUAUACAUUAUAUCCUGAGUCUGCAUGACUAUAAUAUGUCGGUUGUUUGUUUUCUUGCAGGUUUUGUUGAUGAACCAUACUGGGAAUAUGCAUAAAGUUACGGAAGAAAGGCCAAAAAGUGGUCUAAAAAGAGAAUUCACUGAUUCCCUUCUUAAAGGAGAGUACAAUGAAGAGGAGUCUGCAAGAUCGUUUCAGGAGGCUCUCAGGCAGUGGAGAGAAGAGAACACUGAUGACGCGGGAGAGACCAUGAGUAAGGAGGCAAUGUGGAUACCUGUCCAACCAGGUGAACGUUUGCAUGUACUCAAACACUAAAGCAGAAUAUGGUGACAUAUAGCUGAGCAUAAAUCAAAGAGGUUUUAUUUAUUUUUUUAGUAAAAGGAAUAUAUUUGUAUCCAAGCCUCAAGAGUCUUUGUGAAUAUUGGUCUAAAUAUAGGUCUUACCUGUGCUUUGAUGAUGAUUGUAGUGUCAGAGGCCCCAUCUUUGCUUUUCCUAUCACUUUUUUCACAUGUUAUUCUAUUAUGAUCCCCCCCCACACUCACACAAACACCAUCCCUCUUUUUCUGUUCAGAGGUUUUGGGGACAUCACACCUGUGCAAUCCAGUGCAAUGCAAUACAAGAGACUCGCAAUAAAGAAUUCCCCUGAUUACUUGGAAUCAGGGUGGGGAUUAGGAUGGAGUUACAGCCAUGAAACUUUUAAGCUGUAGUUUAUGGGGUAAGCUCUGGGUGAUCUGUUGUGGGGCUUAGAUGAAUCAUUGCAUUUGAUUGCACAGGUUUCACAGUAUGUCCUUGCCGUGUGUCUUGUCCUGUGUUUUGCAUCCCCUUCCGUAUCUGGAUCUCGGCUUAGAAGUAUCUAACUCUAUAUUAGAGAUUGAAAGACUCCUCUUUCCCUGGGCUGUGCACUGUCAUCCAGAUGGAGCUUAAGUAUGCCUGGAUACAGAUGAUGAUCUGAAUGAGGUUGGGACACUUCUUAUCGGUAUAUUGUGAUAUAAGUUGUAACGCAAACUUGAAAAAAAAACAAGCCCACUUCCAAGAGUAAUCCAGCAAGGGUGGCUUGCACAGAUAAAAGACAAAAGCAAACAAACAGAAUAAAAACAGUUGUGUGUAAAGACAGGGAGCAUCCUCAGAACAGCCAUCAACCCAACAGCAAGUACCUCAAAAUUGUAUGAAUGAAUACAGUAUAUGCUAUCCAGUGAAGUCACCUCUGCCCGCUUCAUCAUUCUUCCUUUACUCUUCCUCUACUUGCUCAUUUUUCACCGUCUCCAAGGCUUCCCUGCUCCCAUUUUCCCUUUCCCUUGUCUGUUCUCUGAUAUGUUAGGGCCUCACAGAAACUGCUUACGACUGCAGAAGGACGGUAAAUCCAUGGCUGUUGCAUAUUGAGAUAAUUAGAGGUGUAUUAGGGGUGGCCCCACUCCACACACCGCACCACACCGCACCACACCACAGCACAGCUCUAUUCGCCAUGGCUGUUUGAAUUCUUAUGUGUACAAGCUCCACUGCGUUGGGCAUUUUUUAUUUUUUACCUUUCACAUGUGCAUGUGCAGCAUUGUGUGUUUGUGUGCCCAGGUUUAUGUAUGUAGGUGUGUAUUAUUAGCACUAUUAUUACAGGUUAUAUGUGUGUGUGUGUGAGUGUGUCUAGGUGUUUGUGCCUUUUAUUAGGCCUCCUAUUUUCUCUGCUUUACUGCUUGGGUAGACUCUGCCUCUCUCUCCCUUCACUCUACUCUGCAAAUUGCUGCCAGCCCCUCCAGCUCUAAUUAUUUCUGUCAGGCCAAUGGCACCCAGGCCCAAUUUAAAGCUGCCACUGUGGACUGCCAAAAUGUCUGGAGUACAAUCAUAACAUUUCUCUUUCUUACUCCCAUCUUUCUUUUUCUCUCAUGCACUUACUAUGUUUCUUUUAUUUUGUGUACAUCUUUUUUUUUUCUUAUUCCCAGGGGGCUCUGUCCAGUCUGUUUUUGUUUUGGCACUUUUAGUAUUGUGACAGGGUGUUUUCUCACUUCUUGAAGGGAGGUGUUUUGAGAAAGGUGUUAAGGAAACUGGCGAAUAAUGUUUUCCUUCUUCUUCUUUCUUACCUUUCGAUGACUCUUUAUUUCAUUUUGGCUAACUUUUUAUCUUCCUUUCUUCUUUAAGAUAACUUGUUUUUUCUGUGUCAUCCCCUCUUCUCUCCCAUAUUCCUCCAGUAUUAGUGUCAGCCACGGCGACCCAGACUGACCUCACUUCAGACGAGGUAGCUAAAGGCCGAGGGAGUAGAAAGGGAGCAGUGCGGGUACCCGUCAAGUUGGAGUUUCCAGAGAAGUGCCUUACUUACACAGACAGAUUGCUUGUCAAGAAGCUCUGCAGGUACAUGAGCAAACAACAACAGACAUGUAUCACUCAUAUGUAUUCUAAAACAUGUGGAGAUUAAAGGGCUCACAAUCAAAGCACCAUGAGAGGCUGUGCUUCUCCUUUUUAUCAUGCCUGAAAACUAACAAAGGAAUCCUUGACAAUCAAAUCAGUUCUCUUUGGAAAGACAUGCUACUCAAAAUGGUUACAUAUUUUUGUAUCCUGUAUGGCAAAGAGAUGGGAUAGAUCGCAGUUAAUGUACUUAUUUGUUUAUUUCGCCUUUUUUUAAAAACUUUGUUGAAAGCCUAUUGAUUUUUUUAAAUUUGUGGAUACACUUUACGGUUUGUACACAUUUACUGGAUUCUACAUACUGUUGAUGCUUAACUUCAUAGCACCCCCAAACAAACUUGAAAGCUGACCUACCAAGUGAACAUGUAGCAUGUUUGCCUUCAUGGAUUUGCAAUGUGGAGCGUGUGUCUACUGUAGAGUGCUAACUACUGGACUUGAGUUAAUCUUUGCGAUUUACUUAGACCUGAAGUAGCUUUCAAUAUUUUUAUUGCAUGUAAAUGUACUUUUGAAAAGAAGUGCAAAUGUGCAAACUGACAGCAUUAACUUUCUCACUUGUACUCUCCAUUAUGUCUUUUUUGUAAUAUUCAAAUGUCUUUGUUUUAGCUCACAAAAAUUGUUUGUCUAUCUCCAAUAGCUCUGAUUGGACUUGAUUUCAUUUUGCACCUGUUGCCAGUCUGUUUUCUGUCCAAGCUCUCCGUUGCGUAAACAGGUUAAAGAUGCAAACCCUGCUUUAAAUACCACCACCCCUGCAGUCUUUGCACCUGAUGCCAUCUAUGUAGUUCUUAUGCUGCGUUCGAGUUACCUUGGAAGUCUACGAAAGUUAUUUUAGCACUUGUUAUUUUAGUUAGUUAUUUCAGCAUCCCCUUUCGUAGAUGUAGCCAUCUUGUUUCCGCCUCCGAUUUAGCUUUUUUCCGACUUGGUAACUGAAAUGCUGGUAACUUGGGUGUGUCAUCAUUUCCAGCUCGUACAUCUGACUUCCAAGGUAUCUCGAAUACAGCAUGAAUACGUGUUUUGCGAAAUCUUGGCAAAUCGGGCCUGUAUGAACUGACCAAGAGUCCAAAAGAAAAAGAAACACAAUAUGAAGUCAUUUUUUUCUUUAGGAUUUCUGUUGAAUCUAAGAAUAAGCAUUUCUUGAUUUGACCUCAUCACUUCUUCAUGUCACCAUAUCAUUUUUGGGCUUUUCUGUGCCUCAGAGAGGAUAGGCAGUGGAUAAAGUGGGAAAUGGGUAAUGUGGGGCAUAGCUUCUGUUCAAAGGGGGUGCACUUAGGCUACCAGGCUAGUAGUGUCCCUGUUCCCUUCACCUCUGUCAUGCAGAAUAGAAACUUUACCAAUUUAUGAUGUGGGCUAUAUUCUCCAUCUUUCCAUACUGUCCCCUCAGCAAAGGCGAAACGAAAACAAGACUGUGAUGUUCCUCAGAUACACAAUUGUUGUUGUGUAUUUUAUAUCACUUGCAUAUACUUUAUAUUCUUCUCUGGAUAUUGCAUCAUUCUCCUUUAAAAUACAACCAUCUGUGACUAUGAAAUACAGCACAAUUUAAUGUGCCAACAAUUAAACAAGCAUAUUCCGCCAUCACUCAGUAAAACCGUGUUUCCAACACUACUUGCACAUCUAACAACGCCUUCACUCCAUUGCGACUGAUGUGCCAACCGCAUGUGCACACACUGUUUUCACUUCUCACACACCUUCUCAUUCUGCACUUGCCCCCUUAGUAAUCAGCCUACAUAAGCCAACAGUGUACAAAGCAGUUUCUUAGCACUUAUUGUGCAGCAGACUGCCUGAGGGUCUGGCUUCGGCAGGUCCCAUUAUUACAGCCCUUUAUUUAAGCGACUCCUUUCGGGCUGAGGAGCCCACAGGAGAGACGACCAGAGGAGAGCAGAGCAGAGUGCAGUUUUAGGCCUGCUGACUGCCUGAGCUGGAAUGCACCAAGUCCCCAGCUGUAGCAGUCUUUAACUGCGGAAUAGACUAGAGAGCCAAUCUAGAGUGCAAUAAGCCUGCAGCGGUGAUGGUGGCAGAGCUUAAUGGAGAGACAGAGAGACUGACUGGCUGGCAGAAAGAAAGAGUGGGAGGCUGAAUUUUAACAAGCUCCUAUAAUAAUGGGAAAAAGAGAGAAGGAAGGAGGAAAAGUGGAGCAGGAAAGAGUUUUAAAGAAUUUACUAAAAGUACUCAGCUAUAUUAGAGUCAUAAACUCUAUCACCUUGUUAGAUUUGUGAGUGGCCUGCAGGUAACAGAAAGCAAGCUUGGGACCAAGGGUUAGGGUUAGGGCAUCAAUCUGAUUUUCAGAGCUUGCUGGCCUGAGUGGUUGGUGUAGGUUGAUGCAAGCCUUUCCAUCAACUGCCGUACUGAAAGUAUUUGUGAUCAAUGCACUGAACUCUGAAAUAAAAACCCCAAAUUACCUCAAAGGCAUAGAGAAGAUAUCUGAACUGGCAUCUGUAACACUGGACGUGACUGAGCCUGACUUAUUUAGCGAAGAAUAAAUCCCAAAGCUGGUUAGAUAUGAGAGGAUUUUUAAGUGUCAAAUCAAACAGACACAAGGUUCGUUAUUCAUGAUUCUUAGUAAUGGUCUAUUACUGAACAUAUCUGCUUGCUUUAGUCAGAAAAACAUUUCUGGUUGCAAUUGUGAAAAAUCUGAUCACAGUGAUAAGGUCUUAUAAAACACUAGUUUAAAACUGCCAUCAAGCAAUUACAGGCUCAUUAAACAUGACUUUAUGGGAGUGAUAUUGUUGCGCUGUAACUAUUAGUGUACACUCAAAGGCAAGGUGGUGUGUAAGAAAAAUGGAUGCCAGGAUGCACCUAUGUAAAAGUCCAUCAGUCAAAAUUAUUUUCAUCUUGUUCUUAUUCUGUAAAACAUAGUUUGUAAGACCAAGUUUUGCUCAUGAUUUAGUUUAACUAAUGCUGCGUUCCAGUUACCUCAGAAGUCGGAUGUUGGAGCUGGGAAUGACGUUACACCCGAGUUGAUGGCGUUUCAGUUAACAAGUCGGUAAAUUAAGAUGGACGCCUAUUGGCUAGCCAUUAUUAGCUGUUGUUAACAAUUGUCAGCUGUCGUUAGCCGUUGUCAGUUGUUGUUAGUUGUUGUUUGCUAUACCAGUUGUUUGCUAUACCAGUUGUAAAGGACAUAUAACACAGUACUUUACUCUUACAAGCACCAUAGCACCGUGUUCACAGUUAGACAUUGGGCAGCACAACAUCAUUUCUUUAAUUUCACAAAAACAAGACAGAAGUGCUAAUAAACAAUACAUUACGAGAGCUUUCACUGUUACUCUUUACUGUUGAUGCACUGCACUGCCAGCUUGGAUUAUGAUGUUGUCAAGUCGGGGUUGGUGAGGAUCAUCCAACUUUCCGAGUCAGGAAUCCGACUUUCCGAGUCGGAAAUCCGACUUUAGGGGAGCGUUCCAGAUGACUUCCAACUCAGAGCUUGGAAAUUCCAACUUCCGAGUACAACUGGAACACAGCAUAAGUUUUGGCUUUCAGGUCAAGCAUAGAGUCUGGAAGAUUAUAGAUCAUGGCUGGAAUGAAGCAAAUUUAGCACAAAAGUCAAAUUCUUCAAGGCAUAUAUAGCAGCAAAUGUAAUAAUAAUAAUAAUGCAUCAGAUUUCAUAUAGCGCUUUAUCAGAGACCCUCAAAGCGCUUUACAAUGGAUACAUCAUUCAUUCGCUCACACAGUCCUACUAAAGGGCUAUUCUGCAAUGCCUUUUGCAGAGGGUAUGUUCAUUCAUUUAAGAUAUGAAUGAGUAAGAAUGAUGUCUUAUAAAUGUGGCAAGGGGGUGCUAUUUUAUUCAAAAAUAGAGAAUAUUGUCUCCAACCAGCAACGCCACCUGGGGACUUGCACCCCAGGAAACUGAACUUUCAAACUAAAACAGGAAGCUAAAAUAAGAAUAAAGGCAACACAGGUAAGUUCUGAAGAGGCAGAGACAGAGUUCAAAAUAUUUCAAAAUGUUUAUUAGAUCAAAAAAAUGAAGUUAAACGUAAAUAUAACUGAGAAAUUUAACCUAGGAGGGAAAGAAAGGGAUAAAGUUAAAACAACAUAACAAAACACAGAUAAGGGGCAAGAAAGUUAAUUUUAUUUCUAUAAUAAAAUUUAAAACAAGGCCUUCUACAAGAGUUAAAAAGUACAAUAACCCCAACUUAAACUAAAUCAAAGAAACCCAAACUAAGUUAACUUAAGAUAAGCUGAGGCCACCAGAAGGGAGGCAGACUACAGAGGGAAAGUGCAGGGGGUGCUCCCUUAUACUCACCAAGUGAAGCACAGCACACACACUGCAAACCUUCAACAAAAGAAACAAAAUCGGUGUAGUCUUGUGACCCGGUGCCAAACUCAUGCAAAGGUGGAGGGCCCUCACCCGGGGUGCCUAGCCUCCCAAACUAGUGGGCUCAACCUCUGAAAUAAAAUAAAAGGAUUAACCAAAGAAACAAACAAACAAACCAGCGAACCCAGUUGGUAAAACUAGAGGGAACUAAGGAGAAAAGCAACUAAGGGUAACUAAGAACAGAAUGCAAACUAAUGGGGGAGUAACUGUGUAAAACAACCAAACUUAGAAGUAGAAACAAACCAAGUAAGGGGGGAAACCAAUCAAAAGGGCAGAAACAAUCAAAGUAAACAGGCAAAAAUAACUACAAUUAAUGGGGGCAACAAAACAGCAGCAGGUCUACCACCUACAAACAAAAAGGACAUGCUGUUAAAAGCAAUCAUAAAACUCUAAAGAUUAAAAAGUUACCAGCCACCCUACUCACCAGCACUCUGAGCAGAUCAGAAGGCCGACUGCAGGUGAGCUGCUGCCUUUUGUUCAGCUGACCUGAUUAGGGGAAGGGAGGGGUUAGAGGAGGAGGGAGAGCUGCAUUCAAUAGCAGCAAGGUGCUGCCUGCCACAUAAAGUAUCAUUGGUAUAACUGACAAGAUGAGGAGGCAUGUCUUUUACACCACUUAGCACUGCAUUAACUCAUACAUUUAAUUUAAAAGUUCCAAAAUCUGUCUGACACAUUCCUUUUCUUAUUUCUUCUGAAAAUGGUUUGGCAUUUGUCAAAUCCUCCAGGGUGACUUUUAGUCUAAUUGUAUUACAGGGUGCAUGGGUAUCAUUUUGCUCUUACCAGAACAAUCUGGCAAGGUUAGUUGAGCCAUGCUGAGAUUAGCAGAUUAACUAAAUUGAAUGUCUCCUAAUCCUGUGAUUCAUCUUUGGUCUUUACCAUAAAUCAAGAUAGUUCAGUAUUGAACAUACUUAAUUUCUACUGAAGAUACAUUUGACAAAACCAAUUGGUGUGUCCCCUUUGGUUAUCACAACCAAGGGGAGAUACACAUGAGAGAUCUGAAGAGUAACAUACUUAACUUUUACCCGGCUAUAGCAAAAGCUAUGCAAACAGCCUAAGGCUAGCCAAGCUGCUGCAUAUAAAGUGAUAUUUGGAGGGAAAAGGUGACAAAUGGAUGGAGCUAAGGGAUGAGAAAAGGAAAGCAUAGGGACAGGAUUAAAGGUAACCCUCUGAGUACAUUAAACAGACAGAGGAAAGAUAAACACUGCAGGGGUUGAGGGUAUGAACUAAGUAAGAGGAAAAGAUAUAAACUGUAGGUUACUUCCCCAGUCAGCCCUCAUGGGCAGCCCGGAGCUUCUUAUAAAGUCUCUCUCACUGGUCCUGCACCAUGACCAGAUCACACCAGCAAAAAAGGGAGCAGAGGUUAGAAUGGAAACAUAGACAGUGGAUAAAUACAGGCAUGUGCUCUGCAGUUUGGGUUCAGUAGAGUUAUGUGCCCUGUGUACACAAUCAAAAUGUUGUACAUGUGUCUAUUCAUUUGUUCAUCUAACCUUUCUGUAAUACAGUCAGUUGAUGAAAAGAAAAGAAGCAUGCAACUAAAAUGUUUGUUGGUUUUACAUUUUCUUAUCUAUUUGCUUUUUUUAUUAUUAUUUUAGAACACCACUUGAAACAUGUCUUCCAUUGCCAGCCUUUGGAUCUGAUUCAAAAGCAGAACCCGACACAAACACAGUGGAGGGGAUUGAAAGUGACCUUACAGGUAAUACACAUGCACUUGAACGCACAUGCACACACCAUUGUGUUUUCAUGACCAACUUUAGGAACUAAAAGAAAAUGUUAAAAUAAAUUUUCUGAUGUGCAGACUCAAAGAUGAAACCAUGGAUACAGUAGUUUGACAGAUGUCCCCCACAUACUAAGUGUGUACCUGUACACAAACACAUGUUCAUUUAUAUGUUCAAAACCAUUAAUGUCCCAAAGGUAAAAAGCCUCUAUUUCUUAAUGCAUGGAGGUGUCAGUGCCUACCCAUCCAUCCCAGGCAGUGUGAUGGGUAAUCCCCCCUAUGAUUGUGUGGCUAGAACACUGUUAGAGGCGCCUCAUGCUUGACAGGUUGCACUCUACGUAGGUAAGGAACUGGGCUGGGAGAGGGGACUUAGGGUAGCCCUGUAGUCUGGAUCUCAGGGCCUGUAGCUCAUCAGUCAGGGUAUAGUCCUGGCUGUCUGGCCCCCAGCUGAGGCUGUCAGGAAAUGGGGUAGGCUGCGGUUAUCUCUCCCCUCCCAAACCUCCAGACCUCAGGGCUGACAACUUGCCUCUCAUAACAUCAAUCAAGAUUUGCUCCAAACUCGACCUUGUUAGGAUCUACUAGUCCUUGUUUGCUCCUUUCCCCACUGCUGUCUAUCACAAAUAGUUAUUGCUUUAAAGCAUUUUCAAGGUUGAAAUGCUUGCCUGAGCUCCCCACAGUAAAAACAAAAGUCUAACAUGGCAAAUUGCUUGUUCCACUAUGAUUCUUUAUGAUCCAGAGUGUCUUUAAAAGAACUAGGUGAAUAUUAUACUUUCAAAUAGGGUUUUGCAGCUCUUUAUUGUGUCAGAUUUAAUAAAUGAUAUCUUAACUACACAUUAAAAAAUUUGGCACACAAGUCUUACAACUUUUAUUUAAAAGUUUUUACUUUCACCAUCUGUGGCUCUCUACGCUGCAGCACCUUCAAUAACGCCUGCCAUUUUGACCCUGUUCCAGACAUACAAAACACUUUUAUUUUGCGUUCACACUUCAGACAAGCACUUAGAUAUCAGUGUGACCUAAAAAACAAACACUUUAUUUUGGAGGACUUCAUUGCACAUCAGUGAUCUUUGGGCAAAUUUCUGGUUUGUUGUUAGCCGCAUGUAGAGCAAAGGAGAAGUUCAACUGUGACCUCGGCAUACUUCAGUAUGGAUAGAAAGCUAUUAGGGACCCGACUGCCUCAUUCAGGCAUUGCUCUUGGGGAAGGAUGAAGGCCUUAAGUUCAGUUAUAGUCAUUUAUUUCAGAGAUUGUUGCAAGUUUUCAUAAAGUCAUGCUUAGUUAAAAUUGCUCUUAAGAAAGUCAAGGGGUUUGGACCUUUUAUUAAAGGUCAGAGUUCUUGUCAACUUCAUUCUCCUGAGGCCAAAAAUUUUAUUUCAAGGGUGCUGAGGGAAAAGUACAAAACACAAACUAUGUACAAGCAAGUCUUCAGAUACUGGUAAUAGCAAUGUCCCUCUGCACACGAUUGGGUUAUUGUGAAUAAAUUUGAUGUGAUGUGCCGGAGAUCUAUAAAAGCUAAAUCAAGAAACAUGAAGCAGGAUGGACGUACAAACAAACAAAAAACAAAAGAGUCGAGAUUUCUGUUCUUGCUGAUUUUUGUGACACAACCCCAGCUGUUAAAAAAGGGAAAACUGAAGUGAAAUCACAAAAUCUUCAACAGUUACUGUGUCGGUCAGAUAAUUUGAAGCCUUUGUUGCUUGACGUGAUUCAAACGAAGAUGCAAAAAAGUGAAAACUCACAAUAUAUUAGUGUGCUGGGCAAAAGCCAAUUAUUUUGACUUUGUAUGGCAGCUACUUUGGCCAGGUCUUUUUUCUAAAAGUGAUUUCCAAUUUCGAUGGGACUUCCUGGUUGAAUAAAGUUGAAAUAAAACUUUAAAAAAUGACUGAUUACUGCGCUUGGUAUGUUUCGUCCUAGAAUGGUGCAAAAUAAGUAUAUAAAUGUGCUUUCUGAUGGUAAAAGACUUUAAAUAGAGACACACUUAGAAGCUUGGGUCAGAGAUUCUAAAUGUUAGCUAAAUUAGUGGUGGCAAUGACUCCUUUUGUGAUGGUUCAUAGCCUAGCUUCAGUCCUCUGGCUGCUUUCUUAACAAAGGGGCUGAGCUGACUAAGAUUCCUUGUGGCUAAUACAGCUGCUACUGACAAGUACCUCAUACAACCCCACUUAAAGAAACUAUCCUUUCACACAAGUUAUACAUUUAUAUGUUAUCAGUUUUCUACUUUUCUGUUACUUUUUAAAACAUUUUCAAGUGGUUACGGCACUCCAGUGCUUGUCUCCUUAAAGUUUUUUCAUAUCAUGAAUUUCAUUUCAGUCUUUUCUCAGUUUAAUAAUUGAUAUUUCAUUUCUCAGUGAUAAGCAGAUGUGAGGAAGACAGCAGCAUCUUUGGGAAAUGUAAAGCUGUUCACAAACUGAUAAACUAUUCCCUCCACCUGCUUCAAACUUUUCUGACGUCUGACAAUUACAACAGGUUGCAGACUCUCUCCUCCCCUCUUGGCUUUGAAUCUUGGAAAGGAUGGGCCAUGUGUGUGUCUAUGAAUAAUAAAAGCUGUUUUCAUGCAUCAUGUUGAGAACAGCCCCUUGUUUUCGAAUCUCACAUCCCUGAGCUGUCAGAGUCAUGUGGGGACGUUAUAGAAGAACUGUUGCUAAGUUAGAGAGGGGCAGGCGGGUAGCUUACAACAAUAAAACACAUAACUACAUCAGUUCAAGAAAUUACAGAUCAAGCAAAGAGAGCAGGAGAUUAAAGCAAAAUAAAUGAAACUGCUUUUUGUUGUAGGAAAACAAUUAGCAUGUGGUGUGAAUUAUUAUAAAUCAUACUAGAAAUAUAAACUUUGUUUUCUGUCAUUGUCAAGUUAGAACAUGCGGUCUUACAUGUGUAUUGCUGCAGCUAAGCUGAAUAUUUUGACAGACAGAUAAUGUGAGCUUGUCUGCUGUCGUCAAAGAAAGAAAAUCGUGUCCAAGAAAAAGACCUCUGUUCAACCCCUGCUGUGUCAGCAACAUUUUUCCGCUUAGGUAGAGAAACAAUAAAGAUCGAGGUUUAUGGCUCUGAUGUCUGAUCUCAAGAGGAGUAAGGUGUAAGAAAAGAAUAAUCCCCUAUCAUGUGGAGUGUCAUCAAAUGUCCACUGGCAUCUUUCACAGGUAUGAAGCUCCUGGAGGCACAUGCUGUUUGAAAUCACAACUACGUUCGACUCUUCACUUUACAUCACACUUUAACAUGGAAACAAACUUAGUUAAAAGCAACAGUAAACGUAAUCUGGAUGCAUUUUUGUGUGUCUAUGUGUGCAUGUGUUUACAGCCGAGGAGGAGGAGGAUUUUACGCGCUACUUUGCAUCGUUGUUUGCUGUUCCUGUUAGCAGUGGCAGGAAUGAGACUCUGAUUACCACACCUGAAACAAGCCUGAUCAUAGAAGUCCUGGAUGAGGUGAGAAAGUCUGAUGCCCUCAGACUUUAACCUUCUUCAACAAAGAUGGUUUGACUGGCAUAAUGUACUUGAAGUCUUAACAGUUAGUAUUAUAUUCCUCAUUUGUCUCAUUUAGGUGUUACAUCAAUGUCCUUUUUUUCUACAGAUAGAAGAGGACAAAGAUGGAGCUUUUGUUUCUGAAAAGGGGACAGACAGUAAAAGAAAGUAAGCCCCAAUUACAAAGGGAUCUAUCUAUCUAUCUAUCUAUCUAUCUAUCUAUCUAUCUAUCUAUCUAUCUAUCUAUCUAUCUAUCUAUCUAUCUAUCUAUCUAUCUAUCUAUCUAUCUAUCUAUCUAUCUAUCUAUCUAUCUAUCUAUCUAUCUAUCUAUCUAUCUAUCUAUCUAUCUAUCUAUCUAUCUAUCUAUCUAUCUAUCUAUCUAUCUAUCUAUCUAUCUACAUUGCUAGCUAGCCAUCAGACAUAGGCAAGCAAUUGAACAAACAAGAGAACUCAACACAAUUUUUUAAGUUGUUGAUUUAAAGGGCCCCCUUUAAAUGUGUGUGCUUGACUGAUGGGGGGGGGACAAUUUCUGAAACUGGUCCAGUACAGUAUAAGAAUACACUGAGUCUGUAUUUCAGACAUUUUUCUUUUAAACAUAUAAAUAUGGUUAAUAUUGCACUAAGAUAGUUUCUAUGAAAAAUGCCAAGUGCCGGGAAAGUUUUGUAGAACCUAAAGGUGGAAUAUAAAUCACAGCUGUUUCUCAUGUAGAUAUCCUUCUGGUCAGCAAGCUCUCAAUGAUGGGAACACACAAGUCCCCCAAACAGCCAGAGGUGAGUCUUGAACAUAAUUCUUGCAGAAAAACUUAAGAAGAAAAAAAACAAAAAUUAAAGUAGAAAAAAAAACAAAAAACAAUUUAAUGCCAAAGCUUCAGAUCUUGCCUGCUCAGCACCCUUGCGAAAAGCCUUGCGUUACUGAAUGUUUUGUCAUGGGUUUCAAAGAUGAUCUCUCAAGAGUGUUGAGGCGCACAGCUGAAGCUUCAAUAUGCUUGAUCUGUUUCAUGCUAAAUGCUAAUAAAAUAAUCACUGAAAUGAAUUUCUCUUGCAAAUAUGGUAUACAUUUCAGGAUCUCCUGCAGGUGACAGGCUAAAACUAUGAACAGUAUUUUGUAAUCAGUGAGGAAUAUAGGCCUACAGUGUAAUGGAUAAAGUUAUUCCUCAGCAAAGUUAUGAACAACUAGUUACCUUGUGGUCAAGACACUGCACAUCUGACUUUCAGAAGAGAUGUAUUCACUGACUUUAUAUGUGGAAAGUGGGAGCAAAUCCUAACGCAAUUGAGUAAUAGUAGAUAGUUUAGUAGAGUGCAGUGCCGUCAAGUUGAGCAGUGUCUGGUCCUGUGGUGUUAUGUUCUGAGAUGACACCGAAAAACUCCUUUAGUGGUUGUGCUUCUGAAUGAAAAAUUAUGUUACCACGUGCCGACAAAGGCAGCUUAUAUCGUCAUUGUUAUUUGUGUUAUCUUUUGGCACAGCACUGUCCUCUAAAAAUAAGCCUUCAUCAUGCCCCACUGCUGCGACUCCGAGGACUUCAGAGAAAUCAAUCAAGACACCAACCUCAAAGUCACGAAAGCCUUCUUGCUCCCCCAUUGUCCAUAAAUCAGAACCUGACUGCGGAUCACAACAACUUGUGUCCUCAUUCUCAUUACCAAAUUGUCAAACUGUGACCCCUAAAUCCUCUCACUUUACUGCCUCUUUCCUGCCUGAUGUCUCUCCUUCGGCUAGUGCCACACCACCAAUCCCAAAAGAGCCUCUUUCCCGUUGUUCCUCAAUACCUUCAUCUCUUAGGUCCACAUACACAGUGUCGCCAUCAAGCUCCACUGAAUCAACUUUGCUGCCCACAGUCUACCAAUCGGCCACAUUAGAAAAAGGCUCAGACUCAUCUCCGUUACCAGAACAACCCCAAUCUUCCAAGUUAUUGCCACAGUCAGUCUCAUCGGUAAGGCUUUUCCAAUCACCUACGAGCAAUCUGCAGCUCCAAAGCCAAUCCCAGCAUUCCCUUUUUGACCCUGAGACUCUCCUAUCACAUAAUCAACUCCAGCUGACUCCAUCACCACCGUCCCUGAGUCCAAACCUGCCACCAAGACUUCUGGAACCAACUCCAGCCUCAAGAUCAGCUGCAUAUUCUGGACACAGAUCACCUCCAAUAAACGAGGAUGCUCCAUUUUUUAUGUAUUUUACCUCAGUCUCCGGUGACCAUGAAUCAGCUGUAUCUCAAAAGGCUGCACAGUGUUCUCAGACAGUAUCAUCCUAUCAAACAGAAGUUUUUCAAAACUCUCCUGUAGCUGUGAAAAUGGAUGAGGAAGAGGAGCUUCUGAUGGGUAAGUGAUAUGUUAUCUCUCUCACUCUGUUUUGGUGAUAUGAUAAGUUACAGUAAGUAAGUGAACUACACUUGUUAGGUACUUGGUAUGUAAAAAGUAUCAGAACUGCCUAAAUUCAUUCUUCAAAAAGCAUUUACAAAAUCCAUGUUUUUUCUUUUAAUGUUUUUUUUUUUUGUUUUGUUUUGUUUUGUUUUGGCGUAAGAUUUGGAAGGAAGAUUUCCACUGAUAAUCAGCAUUAUUUUCAACCUUAUUGGCAUAAAAAAGACAGAAAUGGUCAGUGUGGGUUUCUGAUACCCUCAAGCAAGAAGAAAAGAGGCAAAAUUCAAUGGAAAAACACAUUUUCAAAAUGCUUGGACAAGAGCAAUUUUUUUGUUAGUCUCAAGCCUGUUAGAUUGGGAUUAUUACCGAAAAUUUUCAUUUUCAAAAUGGCAAAAGGUUUAAGAUUAAGCUAAUAAAACCUUGAUUUUUUUCUUGAUUUUUUUCUUUGAAAGCAAAAAAAAAAAGAGUGCUAUACAUUUUUAAGUGAAAAUUUAACAGUUUAAACAAUUUCAAACCAGUAAUAAUGAUGGUCAUUAAUCCCAGUAAUUAUAAGAAUUAUUGUUGAACAAUGUGGAGAAUAACUCUAGAGCAGUGGUUCUCAAGUCCAGUCCUCGAUUCCCCCCCGUCCUGCAUGUUUUGGAUGUUUCCCUGCUCCAACACACCUGAUUCAAAUGAUCAGCUCGUUAUCAAGCUCUGAAAUGGCUUAAUAACGAGCUGAUCAUUUGAAUCAGGUGUGUAAGGCAAAUAGACUCUGUGUUAAAAUGUUCACCUACACAUUCCUACUUUCCAUUUGCAUUACCACUAUCUCUGCUUUAGGUUAAUUCUCAUGUAGUGGUUUGCUUUAAAACUUCACAGUGAGAUUCACAGAAACUUUUUGACUUCAGACUUCAACUUUUGCCUCACCUAUCCACGUAGUUUGAGCAACAUACUGCAGAUGCACUGGUAUUGACUUUAUAAUGUAUUUUCUCAUGUAGACAGUGGAGAUGAAAUAUCCAGUGAUAGCCUUGGUCUGACUCCACAUGAGGAAGAGUCUUCAGAUGAAGAGGCACACAUACACAGACACUUAAUGAGAGGGAGAUGCCGAGAAAAAGAGCAAAGGAAUCCUGGCAUAUCUCAUCCAGAUGAUCCCCUUGUUGAUGCAGAAAAAGAAGAAUUUCAGACCAAUGAGCAAGAACAGCUGUCAGAACCAACCAUGGUAUCAUGUUUUAUUACUCUCACUUGUUUCCUGCUUCUUUGAGAGAAAAAAAAAAGCUUGGGCUAGAAAGCUAAAAUAUCACUAUUUUUCUAUAGAACAUACAUUUCUUGCCUGUAAGCUAUAUUUGCAUUUGUUAAUUGAUCGAUUGAUGGACAGCAUUUUAAUCACAUUUCAUGCUCACUAAAUGCCCAACCCUCAGGGGCUUACAAAAUACAAGAAAUGCAGUUUCAUUGGUCCAGUAAUGCAUUGCAAGUAUUACAAAGUUGCAUGUUCUGCUUAUCUAUAGGCAACAUAUUCAAACUAUCCCUCCAGGCUAUAAAGGGUUCAUCUUCUUAAAAAUGGCAUAGAUUUUUUAAAUCAUCUAACCAGAAGUAAUCAACAUUAUUGGAGGUCAUUUUACAAAAAGUACAUUUCAGACAGUGUAAUGUAAAUGUAAAAGGAAUUUUCUUUCUCAGUUCAAUUCUCAUUCACCUAGUUCACUCAACAAGCAAACUCUGUCCUCCUCUUAAAUGGCAUCAGACCUGCCAGUUUAAAGCUCAAGGUCACGACCUUGCAUAACUACACACAAAUGGAUCUUUGCCUUUUGCUUCAAUCAGACUUAUAAUUGAUUCUUUUCUGUCACUUGGAAUUGGAUAUAGUAAAAAAAAAUAUUGCAAUGUUUUCCUUUCUGCAUUUCAGAUAGUGACAUGCAAACCUACAUGAAUAUUAAAGUAUUAUGCAGUCGAUACUUAUAUUAUACCACAUUAAAGCAGCAUGCUCCAUGUACCUAAACAAAUUAAAAUUUUAUAAACACAAUCGUACUUGAUAAUUUGGAUCCUUGACCCUAUUUUCUGCUUUAACCCACCAUAUCCAGCCCUCUGACAUUCACCUGGAGAAGUAGAGACAAAAGUGGGAUAGGGUGGGCUACAGAAGGAGGGACAGGCUACUUCCUGAACUUUCCUAUUCAUUGGAAUGAAAUGUUUUAAAUGUCUUCAUCACUUUGUAGUGACAUUUGAAAUUAUGUUUACUCUGCAUCAUCAGCCCCAUGACAGUAAAUUCUUAGUGAAGAAAACUCACUUUGUCCUUUUACAAAAAAUUUGGUAACACUUUACAAUAACCAUAACUUAUAAUGGUAAAUAGACCAUUUACAAAUGGUAAGUAGAUAGUUUAUUAAUGUUUAAUCAUCAUUUAUAAAUAGCAUAUAGACCAUUAAUAAAUUGUAAAUUUUACAAUUUUAAAAACCUAACCCUAACUUUACAAUAACCAAAACAAAAUAUUAACCAUUUACAAAGUGCUACUGACACACAUUUUAAUCUAAAUGUUUUACAACCAAUAUUUAAACCCUAUAUAAACCUUUAAUAAAUAGUCUGUUAAUAAUUAAUGAAAAUUAUUAAUCCUAGUUUCAUUGCCUGUUAAUGGUUAAGUAACUAUUAACUUACAUUAAUAAACUAUCUUUUUGCCAUUUAUAGUUGGUCUAUAUUGUGUUUUAGAAUAGAAUAGAAUAUUCCUUUAUUGAUCCCCCAUGGGGGAAAUUUUUUAAAUGAUUAUUAAACAUUAAUAAACUAUCUUCCAAUGUUUUUUGUUAAGUGUUACCAAUGGUUUUUACAGGUGUGAAAACAGAAGGGUAACACUCAGUGCUCUUAUUGACUGUCUUUUUGUGUAUCCAUAUCACAAAUGCACACCAGGGCAGGGUGCUGGGCUAGUACCUACCUACCCUGAAACAGGAACUUAAAAGGUUCCUAUAAACAUAGUUUCAGGAGCUGUAAUAGUGUAUAGUUCCUGUGCUGCAGGAUCAGAAAAAGGGAGGGUUCCUUGAACUAUAAAAAGUUCCUGUGGUCAGUAAAUUUUGAAGCUGGCAUACUUUUGGUUUUUGUUUUUGUUGCACAGAUGGAAAGCAUAAACUGAACCCAGUGUCCUAUUUGAAUGUCAUAAUUGUCAAAAAGGCUCUUACAGGAACAUCCAAAUUCACUCAUAUUAUCUUUUACGUAUCUCUAGUCCCGUGUCCAAAUUAAUAAAUGUGCAAAUUUAAAGAGAACCACGGUGGACACAAUCCUGACACAGAAUGAGAAUACUUAAGCAACACACAGUUUGAGUUCUAUAUUGCAGCUGACCAGAUCUAUUAGAUAGCAUCUGUAUCACACUAAUUACUCUGCAUUAUUCAUCUACUACUCAGAGACACCUAGGGCAGCAGUGUUAAAGGUGUACACCAUGGAGGGAAGAAAAGAGAAACAGAGUAGAUUAAAAAGACCCAGCUUGAAUGGUCCUAAAUGACCUAUCAGCUAUUUAAUGGUAUGAAUCCUUUAUACUGUUGCAGAGGAAUGAAAAGGGGGGCUGUGUUUUAUUAAAAAGCUGGAGCAAGAUGAGGUUCAUGAUUGGGAGGAUGGUGGUUAUCUGCGGCCUUUGGACCUGAAUCAAAUGGCCCCCUAAAAUGAUUAGAUAGUAAUUUUUCUGUCUUCUGGCUCAAUCUUCUUUAGUCUUUUGUCCCCCAUUUAUUUCACCACCAUCCUGUAGUUCAGAAGGCUAGUUAAAUGUGAAGUCCUUUUUUAAAUGAGGACACAAAGAAAACUGUAGUAGUUCCUGCUGCGAAGUAUCAUUUCCUCUAGUCUCUUGGGCAUUCAUUUAUAUCCCGGUCGUCUUUCUCUGUCUUCCUCUUGUCAUUCUCCAUCUUUACUCCUUCCUCUCUCUCCGAGCAAAACUAUUCCCCCUUGCCCGCCCUCCUAUUUUCUUCAGGCCCAUCUGCAGUGUCUUUGCAUUGCUAUCGCUAGCAUGCUAAUGUGUCAGAUCUAAUCUUAACUAAACAGAGCUUCCUUAUUUUACCCCCGUCUCACUGGAGGACGCUUGCACAGAGAGAACAGUUAACGGACCACGCCGCUGUGAGAUGCUCUCUGCAGCUCCAGGGGUUAAUUAAAAAUCGAUUCAUCAAGUGGAAACAAAGGAAACAGGGGGUGAGGGGGAAUAAUAUCCAAUGAAAGACAGCAGCUUAUUGAUAUGCAUUUGCACAAAAAACACACAUUUCAACACACCUAUCUCAUGUAAUAGAAGCUCUAUUGAUAUUGGAUUUUGGUUUGUCCUUUGAACUGAAUUUUUGAAGACAGAAUUGAAACUCAAACACUGAGAUAGACAUAUUAAUUCCUAUUUUCCUCUGGACUUUCCCUUUCUCUUUUCUCUUUCCUCUAUUUCUAUUCCCUCCUCCUUUCUAUCUCCUUCUCUACUCCGUUCAUGAGCUAUUUUUUCUUCACAUUUCACCUUUCUGAUCUGCCUCCUAUUGUGCCUCAUCUCUUCAUCACAUCCUCUAAUGAUCUGACUUUCUGCUUCGCUCCUUUUUCCUAAAUUUCACUCACUUUCUUCUCCUCGCUCUUCCUCUGUCUCCUGCAUCUGUCCGUCUGUUUCCCUAUCCCCUCAGGUGAUCCACAGGCAGAGUGUUGGGUCUGGAUCAGAGCACUUCUGCGAUCUGAAAAGGUUUCUGCCUCUGGGUUUGGACAUGAAUUCCAGUGACUCCGAUGCACCAGAACACAGAUGCCCUGACUCACUGCAUACAAGCCGAACUUCAAUGUGUGGUUCGAAACUUGGAGGUAAGUUAAAGGUAGAGUUAAAGUCUCCUGAAAGGUCCGUGUUGGUUCCUUUUUUUUGAGCUUUUCUAUUUUAAACUGGCUCAUGUUUUUCCAUAAACUGCAUCAGAAAGUGCUGUUGCUGUUUUUGUGCUUCAAGAGAUUAGAUUGUGAAGAUUACCUCUGUGUCCAACUUUUGCCUGGAGAUACUUUCCAAUUUGCAAGCGUUAUUCAUAUCACAAAGGCCUCAUAAUAGGAUUUAGAACAAAUAUGUAAAAACGUAGAGCUUACAAGAGAGAUGAAAAUGAGUUUUAAACCCAGAGGAGCCUUAGCUGCUUGGUAGAAAACGAGUGAUGGGGGACAACACUGAUAAUUCACUACCCGUGGGUCCAGUGGGAGGUUUCUUGAAAUAUCUUUUUAUUUUGCCUGUGUGUGUGCGCGUGUGUGUGUGUGUGUUUCUACACACACAUCUUACUUUUUGUGUGCUUCCGUUUCAAACUUAUAUUUAGUGUCUUCUUUUUCUUAAAGUGUUGGUAAAGAGAGUUACAUAUUUCAUCACAAAGGCGUUUGCUCAGACAGCUCAGCCUUUUCUGUUUUACUUUUUCAGAUGAGGAGUGUAGAUAAUAACACAAACUUUACUUUCAGGGGAAUGUUGAAAGGCAAGUGUUGUCAGUGCAAUACUACCCGUCAUAUUCAACACCCCUGACAAUGUGCCAUCUUUCUGUCCAGAAAAUGUCGGGGAAAUACAGCAGUAAUGUACACAAAGCUUUGAAACUUUGUUGUACUCAUUUCUGUUGCUUUCACUUGAUUUUCCACGACAGUAUGCCUGUGAGAAAACUAGUCAUGGCUUGUUCCUUUUCACUCUGUCUAUAUUUCUUUCAUUGUGUGUAACUCUUUGAACUACACCAGGCAAAUGCUGCUGUAACAAGAUAGCUUUCAAAGCUUUUGGCAUUAACUGUGUCUGGGUGUUUUUACACUAAUGGUUUGUAAACAGGCUGUGUCUGUGAGGUGCCCAGAAAGUUCCACAAGACUCCGGAAAGUCCAGCUUGAUUUUCCAGAUUGCAUCAGACUUAAAGAAAUAAAUAGCGUAUAAAACAAAACAAAACCACUUUUUGCUCUUUUUUUUUAGAAGUCUUGUCGAUGGAUGUUGAGCUUCAGGUCCUUACACACUGGGAAUGACGCAAAUAUACAACAAAAAAUUAUGUAAUAUUCAGAGGUGAAUUUUGACACACCUCACUAUACACAUCAAGCGGGAUGCGAUUCUGCGGACUGCAGACUGACUGUUUUUCAGUUUUGCUUAGACACUAUGUUGAGAUGGCUGUCUGUCAUGAUAGCAUGUACUGAGUUGGGGUCAGUACCAGAUUAAACUAUAAUCCAUAAACGUAAAGUAACAACCGAGACCUAAUGGUGCUGUGACAGCAAUGUGAUUGAGUUUGAGACAGUGAAAAUACAUAUAGUAUGUUGUAUCUGAACAGGUUAGCUUACAAGCUAAAGUUACCUAGCACAGAUGAAAAUUGAAACAAAGAUGUUUAGCAAACUGUUAAAGCACACAAACUAUCGUCACAUGAGAAAUCUGACACUAUGACUCUCCACAAGUUGUCCUUCAGGUCGUUAUCUUUGUAAUGUUUGUGUCUUUUAUCAAAAAGCACUCUGUUCUCUGACACGUAAACAAUUAGCUGGUCGGCCAUGUUGGAUAUACCGGUGAAUCAGAUGUCGCAACAACACGAAAUCUGAUCGGUCAGAAGUGGACACACAGUAUGCGAAACUUUAAAAAGUCGACCGUGAUACGAAAAAAUAAAUGCCGCAAUAUUGCAGGACGGGAAAAUGUCGCUGAUGUGAACGCUUGUAUUGACAGGAUAUGGGUUCGAAAAAAUAUUGAUGUUCAAAAUAAUCGCACGAAAAAAACGCUCCCCGGUGUGUAAGGACGUUUCAUCUCCAACAGUUGUUACUGCUUUGGUAAAGCAAAGAUUUUUGAUUAGAUCCCCUUGUCGUUUGAGUAAACAGGUAUGCUAAAUAACCUUCAUCAAGCCGUAAAGCUCCACUUUCCACUGCGUUAUUGUCAAAGCCUCUGUCAAAUGAAUGAGGUUGACAGUGAGGGGCUCCCACAAGGGCGCCACUGCCUUCCUCUCACCACGCAGCCAGCCGCUCAUCAAACCCUGCUCUGUCUCUGCCACCGUUGUUCAAGCUCCAAAGUUAAUGAGAGAGAAAGGUUAGAGAGGAGGAAUAUCACCUUGACAACACUCCACACUCAUUUAUGUCCCUCCAUCCCUCCAUCUGUCUACCCAGUUUUUUUUUUUUUUCUGACAGGGCUGAGAUCCAACAGGUUUUAUAUGUCUCCUGCCCCACCUUUCCACCUCUCUUCCCCUUCUGCUCUUACUCUCCAUCACCUGGUCACUCUGAAAAUGAGGUUGUUAGUGUGCAGAUUCUGACUCGUGUGCAUCCACUCGUACAGAAUGAGAGAGAGACAGAUGGACUGACAGACAGGCAGCACACUUAACAAUUCUCGAUGGGGAGAGAAAGAUAGAAGAGGGAUACAAGCAGCUGGAUGGAGAGACAGUUUGACAGAGUUCCUGUAUUCUACAAUAUUACACUGUUUUCCAAGUAUAAAUUUCCAAGCCAUCUCUGUUUAACCUGCAUGAUUUCAAAUUAGCUGAAACCCUCUUUAUUAUCUUUUGGUGAGUUUAGAGGCUUGCUGCCUUACUCCCUUUCCCUUUUCCUCUUUUCAUUUGCAGCUGAUUUAGACUAGUUAGUAGAUUCUCCAUCCAGUCAAUAGCAUUAAUUGAUUGGCUAACCACUGGAGAGAACGAAGAAAACAGGAGCAAUUGCAGUGCUGCUGAGAGACUUGUUUGGUACAGAUACCACUGCUUAAUAGAAAGAUGGAUCGAUGUUUCAACUGUAAUGUAUUAAAUCUAUUUACUUUGUAUUAGGAUACAAUAACAUACAUAUGCUAUAUCUAUUUACGUUGUUAGUUUUCUUGAAAUGUUUAUGUUGCUUUCUUCUCCAAGUACAGUAGAAAGAAAAGACUGACUGGCAAGAAGGUAUCCUAUAAAAUGAAAUAAUCCAAGUUUUCUUUUUUUAUGUGUAACCAUUUUCUUUUUAAAAUUGAUUUACAGCUUUGAUAAACUGUUUGAUUCACACGGAGACUUGUAUUCUGUGUUGUGUGAUAACUCCUCUGAACUCCAAAAGUUAUUUCAUGCAUUUGUUCUGUACCAGAUAACACUUUUGGAGUUUGAUAGCAAAGCAAAUGCAUUGCUAUUUCCAUUUGACAGACAUACAUCGCUGUAAUAGCAGUGUGACAUUGCGUGAUCUGUUUCUUUCUGUUUCAUUUCGCUUGCAUCCCCGCAAUGUUGUUAAAGCAUGAAAAAGGUGAUUAAAGCAUGAUGGAGUGAAGUUUCGGGAUGCUGGCACAGAUGUUGUAAAGAAGUAUAAAACUGUUUUUUUAACAACGGUUGCGCCUAAUUUUCAAACAUUUUAUGUUUUAACUUAAAUUUGAUGUUUCCUCACUCUUGCUUCUUCUUUAACACGUUAAGGAUCAGAUGAUUUUAGGCUCAGCAGCAGCAGCAGCAGCAGCCUCACACCCUACACUUAGGAGCACCUGGUUAUCAGAUUGAUGGCGUAAAAGCACAUGCAGCCAGCUGGAAUCAGUAUUCAGUCAACCACACCCACCAGGAGAGGAGAAAUAUCACCAACUGCAUUCCCAGCUCUUUCUCCCACUGAUUUAUUGUCACGUUCGCAGAUGUCGAUUUCUAACUAUCAGUGUUCCUCAGUUUUGCACAUAGCUACACUUUCUUGGCACUAAUGUCCACGUUUCUUACAGAGAUUAUCCCGUAUCACACUCAAAACACAAACAAGCCCAAACACACAAACACUGUACCUACUGUAUAUACGCAUGCAGGAUUGGGAGUUGUUCCAGUAGUGUGUCUUGCCAUCACUUCUGUUACUUCAGUCUCAGAUACACCACAGUAAUGGGUUUAUGCUUAUAUACACAUUCACAUGCUUGCACACUAAUACAUAGACACCUGAGGGAAAGGACAAUAAUCUGUUUUAUACACUAUACUGUAUAUAAAUCCUCUAUCCUGCACUGCUGAUCAGUCUUUUUUACUGUGCUGUGAAUAACUUAUUAAAUCCAACCAUUUUUUGGCUCAGGUGGUUGAAACUGUCAAGCCAUUCAGUUAAAAUAUUCAGUGCUAAACUUUGAUGGUAUUAGGCCAAUCACUCUCAGAAAAAAUGGAGUUAAAUACACCAAAGAUGAGUUGUAUAAAAGAUCAAAACUCAUUUCACCACACGUGGAAACCUUCUCAACAUAUAUAGUUAUAUUAUAGUAGGGGUUUUGGAGAGCUUCACAUGUUUUUCACUGAUGUUCAUUCUGCAAGGGGACUUAUAAGCACAGACAAGCACAACACUUUAUCUAUGCUGCUUUAUGUGUUUUUAUCCAUCAUGCGGAAGAGAUUUGUUACUGUGUGGAUUUGAAUAAAAUUUACAGUAUAUAUCAUGUAUGAAGAGUCUAUAACAUAGGUAUAAUAUUCACAUAGAUUUAUAUACAGUAUAUACAGCCAGUGCUUGUAAAGGAUUGGAGAUUAAAUGUGACCCUUCCAGGAAACUGUUGAAGAAAGUAAUUAAGAGAUCCAAGAUUUUAAUCUCAAUCUCAUUUUACACUUAACUUAAUUUAAACCAUGUAUCAAGCUUUAUCACAAAUUAAAAUCUAGAUGUACUGUAUGUUGUUUCGUCUUAGAAGAUAAGGCGAAUUCACCCUAGGACUACAGUAUGUGUCUGUGUAAGAGCACGUGUUAGCAGCCCCUGUACAGCUGGCAUCAUUUCUCCCAUGGUGUUUAGUUUGACAGUCAAGGUGCUUGUGAAGCACUAAGUGGAGGUUCUGUGCCGGUUGAAAGACAGAACCCGGCAUAGAGAGAGAGCGGGAGGAGGGACAAAGGAGUAGGGAGACAAUGGAAAAUUGAAAGAAUGAAAGACUUAACACUUGAGCUGGUUAGACGGCACCCAGCAUGAAGAAUCAGUGUCCCCCACACACACACAUGCACACACACACACACAUACACUCAUGCACGCCCACACCAUCAUAGCUUCUCAAUGGGGGCCUCAGUGUAAUUUACAGUGAGCAGGUGGGAUGGAUGUUCAAUCUGAUUCAAUUUGAUGUGGCUCGCAGGAGUGGGAUGAGACACCACUCAUUCCACUGACUGUUGUGAUCGCUUCUCUCCUGUCUGUCACCCUCUUUCCCUGAGUCCUGUGCUACAUACUCCUCCCCUUCUUACUUUAUUUCUCCUAUCUUCUUGCAUUCUCCCCCUCUGUUUUUUUUUCUCACUCACAUUUUUGCCAGUUUUUUUUUUACCUGAUGUUUAUUCUUCAAUCUCUUAAAAUUUCCCCACGCCUUCAUUGGUAGGAUUGGGAUCCAACCCAUCAAGCAAGUCUACACUAACUCUGUGUCACCCUGCGAAGACAAACCCCAGGUCUCUGUUCUCACCAAUCUCUCCUAUCCUCUCUCAUUGUUCAGUAUUGCGUUCGAGGUCCAAGGCAGCCCAGGAGAUCAUGGAGAUCUGUCGUGUGGAUAAGACUGGCUGCGAGGACCCAAACCUGGACAAUGACACAACUUCACACAUACUAAAUGUCCUGGACCAGGAACUUAAACUGAUGACAAAAGGUACAUAGGCCAUCAUAGUAUGGUGCAAUAGUUUUUUAUCAUGAUAAUAUUUGAUGUGUGCGCAAGUUAGAGUACACUCUUCAUGGUAUUUACUCUUAAAAAACAGGAACACAGGACUCACUGCUUGUCUCAGGAAACAGUCGAAGUCAUAUCCAGCAUGGAAAUCAACAUUUCACAUGGUAGGUAACAUGCACGAGACAUACUUAACUCAGUCCUGCAUGAUAAUUGUGGUUGCUCAGGGCACUCAGCGUGUGUAUAAUCUCAUCCUCAAGGUUGAAUUGAAGUCCAUGCAUGGCUCAGAAGUCAGUGUCACACUGGUUAAUUGAUAUUUUCCUGGGGCUUAUUUUGCUAGUGCCAGUCCAGAGGUACACAGCAACCUUGGUGCCAGGAGUGAGUGCAUGUUCCUUAAAACCACUGACAGCUGUAAUAUCUGUGUACAGUUAGAUUGGAGUGUUUGUGAGGGAAAAGCACUCCCAUGAAUUUCUUUGAAAUCUUAAAAAGAGCUUUUAAUUUCCUUUAAAAAUUCUUGGUUUUGAUUUUUUUUUUAACUGGCUGACAAAUAAUCACACGGCAAAAAAGUAGAGCUUCUUGCUGCAGCGUUUGCUCCAUGAGGCUGAAUCAAGAUUAAUGAGCACUUCCUUCCAGCUCUGUAAUCAAUGACAGUUUGUAGCCUGUAGUGAUGACCUUUCCUUUACUCUGGUGGCUCUUUACAGCCCCCUGAAGGCAGCGGCUAUCAGUUCCAUCUGUUGCAAUUGAAGACAUGCUGCACACUGUUAAACCACAAUUAUGCUUGGCAGAUCUCCUCGUAAAAAAUUUCAGCAGUAAACCGCAGACUGUUUUGAACCAAAUUACCAAAAACCUUAAAGUUGUUUAUAUAAUUGAAUUAAAUUAAACUUUUGACUGCAGUGUUAAUCAACAGGUGUGUUGAGAGCAGAUGGAUUUUAAACUGUUGUAGAAAUAAUUAAAGGUAAACUGAAACUCGUUGUCUCAGUGUGAUUACAUGGUCAGAACUGAAUGUUCUUAUCAGGCCUUCUCAGCGACCCCCUCAAAAGUACAGAUGCUGCAGGCGUCAUUCUGCUCACAAGUGUCACCCAGGUAUUCGUCAGACUCUGAAGUUUUAAUUGCAGUAUACAUUCACUUGUUCCAUGACAAGUAUGAUGUAAUAAAUAUGUUUUAGCAUCUAUAGACAAACUUGAUGAGUCGUUUGUGUGGCAUCAUCUUGAGUAGCGGCCAUCACUGAGUCACUGCUGACUAAGGAUGCAGGACUAAAAGUGUUACACAACUGCUCUUCAUGACAUGGUCAUAACAUUGUUAAAGUAAUUAUAUGCUGGGUUCCAGUUACCUUGGAAGUUGGAUGUUGGAGCUGGGAAUGACGCUACACCUGAGUUGACGGUGUUCCACUAAAUAGGUCAGAAAACCAAGAUUGACGCCCACUUUUAGCCAUUGCUUGCUGUUAUUUACAAUCGUUAGCUGUUGUUGGCUGUUGUCAGUAGUUGUUAGCGGUUGUCAGCUGUUGUUAGUUGUUGAUACGUAUACCAGUUGUAAACAACGCAUAACACAGUAUUUUACCAUUACAAACACUAUAGCAUUGUGUUCACAGUUAGACGUUGGGCAGUACAACAUAUAUCACUUAUUUAAUCUCACAAAAACAAAACAGAAGUACGCAUUCAUUGUUACUCUUUACUGUUGAUGCACUGCGCUGCCAUCUUGGAUUAUGACGUUGUCGUCAAGUCGGGGUUGGUGAGGAUCAUCCGACUUACCGAGUCAGAAAUCUGACUUCAGGGGGUGUUCAAGAUGAAUUUCCAACUCGGAGCUCUGAAAUUCCGAUUUCCGAAUACACCAGACAAUAAAAUAGUGUGUUGACACUCAUCUAGACCUUUGCUUGUUUUUGAAAGGACAUUGAGGCUUGUCCAAUGCCGUCAAGAUCACCACAACAUAAAAAUAAGCAAUAAAAACGAACACAGGCGAGUACAAAAGAUAUCUAUAAAAAGAUACUGUUUAAAAAAAAACAAAGUUUCUAGAAAUGAUUGUCCUAAUUCCUGCAAGUGAAGGGAAAACUAACAUCUACAAAGUUUGUUGAAGGUUUUUACAUUAGGGGCAUGAAAGGAAAAAGCUGAUUUACCAAUUGCAGUGCAAGCCUUUGGGGACUUUAUGCUAGUUUUCUCCUAAACAAGCAUCAACACACAAUGAGGAGGAGUUUCUGGCCAUUGCAAUAAAUUUACAAUCUAAUAAAACCCAUUUAUAGUUCUUUGCAACCAUUAAUCUGUAUCUGUCUGGCCAUUUGGGACAUUUGCAUACUCCUGAAACAUAGAAUUUGUAUGUAGGGAGCUGUUCAAAUUCAGUCCCAUUAAAUUUUAUGCACCUAAUAUACUUACUGCUUUUUACUAGUUUGGCCUUGUACCUCCUGGCUCUUCAAUACUUAUUCUUGUCUUUUUUGAUCAUGAUCAGCAUAUAAUUCAUUGCCACCUCAGACCCUACACUGCUGCUAUUCCAGUGGUCAUGAUGGGGGGUAAUCCCUCUUUUUGUGCGUUUCAUCAAUCCCUCUCUUUGUCGCACACAUAGAGUGUGUAAUGGAUCGUUAGCCAGCAGAACGACUUUCUCUCUGACAGCAUGUUGGGUAUCAGGCCUUAAUGUGCCGCUAUAUGAGACAGGGAGCAAGUGUGACAAUCUAUUUUUCUUGUAUGUGUGUGAGCUGUUGAUGUUUCAUGUGUGACUAUAUACGUACGUGUCGGGAUAAUCUGCACCAGAGGCCUUGUGCUGAGCAAAGCGCUGUGAAUAUCACAUUGAGAUGUGUAAUAACCAGAUUAACGCAUACUACACAGAGAGGCUCCCAAAACAGCUCCUUACAUCCUUCAGUAUCCACACACAUUCAUACUCACACACACACACACACACAAUAUGCACAUGUGAAUGCAUAGAUGCACUUUGCUUGACUUGUUUGGCAUAGUUGUACAGCUAUUAUUGAGAUAAGAUAAGAAGAACUUUAGUGAUCCCCGAAGGGAACUUCAGUUGUCUACAGUCUCUCGUCUCAUGUCGUCUACUACAGAAGAAUUAAGAGUCUGGUGGCUGUGUGUACAAAACAUCUUCUAAAUCCGUCUGUCCUGCAGCAGAGUCAGAAGAGCCGUCAACCACCGUUAACCCUUUGGUCCAUCAAGGUGUUAUGUAGUGGAUGAUCCAUGUUCUUUAGAAUAGCCUCCACCUUCCUCAGUGUGCUCAGACGUCUUGCAUCCUUGUGUUUUAUACUACCACUUUCCCAACUGUAUAAAACACAGUCAGAGGUUUGAAAGAGGAUUAGGGCCACAAGAAGAUUAAAAAAAAAAUUACAGUAGGGGGAUUUUUUUAACUAUCAUUUUGAGAUUAAAGUCAAAUUUUGAGAUUAGAAUCAAAAUUUUAAAAAGUUGAAAUCUCAACUUUAUUCAUGUCGACUUUAAUGUCGAAAUUUCAACUUCAAUCUCAAAAUUUUAAAUUUUUUUUAAUCUCGAAAUUUCAACAUUAUUCAUGACAUUUUGUUAUCUUGAAAUUUUGAUUUUAUUGAUAUACUUUCAAUUUUUUAAUGUUAAAAUUUUGACUUUAAUUUUGAAAUUUUGACUUUAAUCUCCUUCCUGUAACCACUUUUUUUUUCUCUUCAUGUGGCCCUAAUCCUCUUCUGUACAGAGGACUGCAGCAUAGAACAGAACAUUUGCCACCACAGACUAAUAAAACGUAUGCAGCAUCUUACUGCAGAUGUCUAUUGAUCGGAGUCUUCUCAGGCAAAAGAGGAGGUUUGGAUCUGUGGAAGUCUAUGAUCAUUUCUUUUGUCUUUGAGAUGUUGAGUAGGAGGCAGUUUUUGUCACUCCAGUCACUGAAGGCUCUUAUCACACCCCUGUGUUCAGCUUCUUGUAUAUUUCUGAUAUCAUGCCACGAUAGCUGUGUUAUCUAAGGAUUUCUGGCUAUGGCAGGACUCAGUGCUGUAUUUGAAGUCUUAUGUAUACAGUGUGAACAGGAAUGGCACCAGGACUGUCCCUUGUGGAGCCCCUGUACUGCUCAUUAAUGUCCCAGAAACACAGCUCCCCAGCCUGACAAACUGUGGCUUUCCUGUCAGGUAAUCUGUGAUCCAGGAAACACAGGAAGAAUCCACUCUCAUCUCUGUGAGCUUGUCUUUGAGUGUGAUGAGUUUGAUGGUGUUGAAUGCACUUGAAAAGUCAAAGAACAUGAUCCUCGUAUGAACCCCAGAUGAGACAGGGCACGGUGAAGCAUGGAGAGGACGGCAUCAUCCACUCCAAAGUGUUCUGUGUAUGCAAACUGCAGGGAAUCCAGUUUAAUAAUAUCUGCACGUUUUCUCAUGUCAGUUCUUCAACCUCUUCUUAAAUCUUGGAAAUUAUUUCUUGAUAUGACAAUAUUUAGAUCAUUUAGUAUCACUGUAUGAGAAAACUACCAUGUACAUUUAUGCCAGUGUUUACGUAAAUUUAGAAAUAUGAUGGAGAUCUUUAUAAGAUUAAGUCUCUUUUCUGUCACACGGAGCAGUUUUUCAUUUUUUAUUUUUUUUUGUCCUGAAUCAAGAACAAUAAAAAUAGAUCUUGUUUUCUAGUUCUUCUAGUUUUUACACUUAGAUUGCAAAAGAAUCAACAUGAAUACUGCAUUUUAAUAUAUGGCAACUACACUUUAUUCAAAAUUCCCCUCAUUUUGAUACUGCUCUUAAGCAACAGGUUGACAUACAUCAAUGAGAGUUGAUGCAUUAUGUUGGAGAACUUUUAAAUGUUUGCAUUGAUCAAUUUCAUUAAAAUCUAAAGCAUCAUUAGGAAGGAGUGAAUGUAUAACACAGCCUAGCAUGAAACAAGUAAAAUGUUGUGCGCCAGUAUGAUGUGUGUGGGACUACUUUAACCGAGCCCAUGUUUACCUCAUGUCCGGACAACCAUUUAUCAUCCGUCCUUCCUCUGGCUCAACAGCUUACAGUUGUCAGGUUGUACUUAAAUGUAACCUCCAUCUAUCGGCUAUCUUUGAUGCGACCUUCACUGUGUGACAAGUGCACUGCAGCACCGAUGAAAACACGGAAAAUAGACUUUUCAGUAUUUGUCUGUUCACGUUUGAAGCUUACAGUAACCGAAUGAGAGCCUUGAAAGUUGGUUAAGAAAACGUCCUUCUCAUCUCUGUCAACAAACUGCCCAUCCCCAGUGUGACGAUCACUGAAUCAGGUAGUGAUUAUCAGACAGAAAGUAUGUAACAUAUUAUAAUAUCGCUGUUUUGAAUCCUUGCAGCUAUGAGAGGUUUAAUACAUACGUAGGUGCAGUGUGUGAAACUUGCUGCUUUCAUUCAGAUAAACAUACAAAUGCACACAUGAGCCCACUCACCCACAGGACUGAACAGACUUUCCACCUCAGGCCUAUGGCUGGCAAUGAUGAAUAACAGAGAGGUUUGUUGUUACUGGUCCUGAACACAGCACUGUGCUCUUUUGGUGGCGGUUACGCUUGAUGCUAGACACUCACACACACACACACACACACACACACACACGCACGCACACGCAAAAGCACAAGCAGCAUAGUUUAUAAAACUUAGUAACUUUCCAAGCACCAAUUGGCAUAAACUUGACAAUAGCUGAAGGUUAUAUAAACCAAGGCUGAAUACAACGGAAUACCCUCUGUGACCACUUACGCUCAUGCUGUAUUUAUUUAUUUUAUUUUAUUUAACCAGGAAAACCUUAUAAAGAUUAAAAUCUCUGUCCUGGCCAAAAUUGUACAUUAAAAUAUGGGCAAACUUUUUAAAAGCCUUUUUACAGGCAGAACUUCUCCAUUUAUCUUCUGAGUUUCUAGUUUCUAUUCUUUGAAUGUUCAAGUUUUCAUCAGUUUUUAUUCAGUGUUUUUAACUCGUAACACAAGUGUUGAUCUAUGCAGACGGUGGAAAGGUAAAGGACACUAAAAUGCUUCUGAAAUGUUUGUGUUUAAGACUCUUUUUUUUUUUUUUAAAGCUUUCAUACCUGUGCUUUUACCAUGGACUUGUGUGGACUUGGGUGCUGUGACUGAUUGAUGGAUUUGGUCUUGCAGGGGCGGAGUCAGCGAGGAACAGACGGAUGAGGAGGAGGCUGUACAGAGAGACCAGCAGAGUGUCCUGCUCCUACCCUGAGAUUUUCAAACACGAAUGCACAUAAACACAAUUUACAGUAUGGCACAUUAAUAGACCUAGAGAAUAAGAAAAUUCAUUGGAAUACCACACAUUAUUUGUUAAGUUUUGGUUUAAAAUACUUUGAAAAAAUUGCUGGAUAUUGACUAGAAUCUGUUUCGAUCCAUGUGGUUAUGAUUUUUAUUGUAUAUAUUCUUUAUGCUUAGAGGGAAGACGCUUGUGAACAUAUCCUCUAAAUUCAAAUGUCAAAAGAUGAAAUGGGAUGACCACAUGAGAAAAUUAUUUAGCUCCAAUACUCACCAGGAGUGUUUGAAUUCCAUCAAUUGUCUUUGUCAGUGUGGUGAAGUUUUAACCAAAAGAGUUUUCAAGCACAAUCUAUCUGUCUGGUGUGAUUCAUUUGUUUUUUUCAAAAAAAGGUUAAAGUGGCACUGGACCAGGUCAAACUUUUAACAAACACAUUCACACAGAUGUAGGAGUCUGCCACAGGUGAUGAAUUAUGUUAGUAAAGGAGGGAAUAAGGAUCUGUGCCAAUGACUGCUGCUGCCAUCUGUCUGUGUGUGUGCAGGAGGGGAGGAAGAUAAACACCAAGCACUGGAACUGGUUUGCCAUCUCAGUGGUGAAUUUGUAUGAGACCUGAUGGCGUGUGAGUUGUUUUUUUUUUGUUUUUUUCAAGUCUGGCUUUUUUGCAUUACUCGCCGCAGGUAGUCUAACUCCAUCAUGGCUGCCAGUCUCUUGGGCAGAGUUCACCAUUCACUGCUUUAGCUGAUGAGGGUGGAUGUGUGGAUCGAACAAGGACACCCAGAAGAAAUACACUCCUCUGUUACACGACCGAAUACAAAUGCAAAAUCAGGGAAAGAGUGGAUGUCAAAGAUGCCAACUUUGUGAUUGAAUUUCAGAUUGAGGUUUAUUUGCACUCUGCAUGUGGUUAUGUGUGGAUAUGAGUGUGGGUGCAUGUGUGCCUACUCUUUACUCCAGCCACUGAGAGGGGGAUAUCGUGGUAUUUUAUUUGGUCUGACGUUAAUCGCCACAAGCGGACAGCAAAAGCCCCGUAAUCCAGCCGCAAUCACCGCUGAACUGAUUGAUAGGACAGGUACAGAGAGAGAAAGAAAGAGAGACUGAGGGACAGACAAGUAAAGAAAGAGCUAAAAGGUAAGUCUUUGCUAUUGUGUCCUUGAGUGAGUUUAUCACUUAGUAUUUAGGAGAGGAAAAUAACUGACAUAAAUCUGAUUGAUACUGAAGUGACAGGCUGGUCUUAAACAACUCAGACCUGCUCUCUCUUUCCAGCUCUCAUUUUUCCUCUCUUGCACACUCAUGAGGAGAACGGAAACGAGAGCUGACCUUUGUUAGAUUUCGAGUCGCCUGUGAUGUUGUUGAUGCUGUCGGAAGACAGUGAAACUGAAGGAGCUGACAUUUAACUCCACUAUAUUAACUGACCCUUCUAUAGAACUGGAGUUCAUGGCGGGCGUGCUAGAAAACUGCAGGCUGACAGAUAUGUUGUGUGUUGAUCUGGUUUUCUUUCGAUGAAUUUUCAAUUGUCUCUUCAAGCAUUGCUGUUACUUUUACUGUUUUAUUUACUGUGUGUUUUUGUGGAUUUUGGCAUUUUGUUUGACAGCAAGUUGCACAAUAGAAAACAUUUUGCUCUGCCUCUAGCUGCACGCUGCAUUGUUCAUUGAUGAAAAGGCUUUCAUCUCCCCCAGGAUAUGUUGAAAGGACACCAUGAAUAGUGUCUUACAGGUCACCAACAGUGACCAGUGAAAGGACAGCAUUCCCUUGAUUCAACCAAGUUUCAGUAAAACACAAGCGACUGCACUUUACAGUAAACUUUCUCAGUCUUCACAAAUAUCUCCAGCUCAUCACUUUUGUUGAGCAGAGAGUUGACGUUUCCUGUGAUGACUGAUCUUAUAUCUCCAUUUCCAAGCCUUCAACUUUGCCUUUACCUCCGCGCCAGCACAGCAACCAUGAAAACACCUCCAGAUGUCCACCUGAACCAGAUACCCUCGUCCAGAUCCACUCUGUCUCAAUGAAAGAAGCUCCUCUCCUGAAGGAACAUCAGUAACACUUUGUUUGACGCCUGUCUCUAUUAAGCAUUAUAAAUAUAUGUAUAAUGGAUUAUAAUUACAUUACAGCACUAUAUAAAUAUGGUUAUACACACUCAUAAAUGAUCAUAAUGCUUUAUAGCAAUAAUAAUAACACAUUACAAAGCUUUUUAUCAUGAUUUACAAGGUCAGGUAUUAUCAUGUGCCAUAACAGUUGCAUUGCAUUAUCCAUGUGGGCGUUGUUAGUGAUUAUUAUACAUUAAUAAUGCAUUACAGAGAUAGGCGCUGUGUGAAGUGUUACUGAAACAUCCGGCAGCAGUUGACAAAACACAACAAAAAUAUGAAAAAAGAGAGCAAGAACCAGACUUCACUGCUUCUUAGGUGAACGCAGGUUAUGGAAAGUGAUGCAUCUGAAAUUUAAAAUUUGACGUUAUUCCAGGAAGCGAGUAACAAAAGUAGUUUCUGUUUUAGCAUUUAAAAAUCACGAUAACUUGUUUCAUAUUCUCUAUAAUUGAAAAAAGUAAACUAUAAAGGGUGUCUGAGGAAACAUGCCAUGCUCCUUGCCCGCUGAACAGGCUUGAGACGGGAUUGUUGGUGUCUGUGUUUGAGUGACAGCUGUUGUAAUCCUACAUGGGAACCAAAGGAAACUUGCCCUGCAGCCUAAACAUAAUGCCAAGUCAGUGACAUAGACGAUUAAGGACACCAGACUAAAGUGGCAUUUAGAGGCGUUUUCUGUACUAUGAGCUGCUAAUUAGCCAAGUCAUGCAGCCUGCGAACUGAUGGUAGCAGUACAGAGAAUGUGAGUAGCUGCUAAUUUUCAAAGCUGUAAAUCACAUUUGAACUUGAUGACACUGAGAUUUCAGCAUGAAAAUUAAUGCAUGUUGAAAUUCAGAACCUGAAUUUGAUUUCAGGCAUUUUCCUGUCUAUGACAUUUUAUUUAGCUUAAUGGGAUUUGAUUCGCUCAUUGAAACAAAAUCUGAACUAAUACAAUCAGAAUAACUUGGAGAAAUAGGUGCUGUCAUGCAACUUAAAUCAAAAAACAUAAAACCACUUCAAUAAAGUUUCUCCCAUUUGACUUUUACGCAGAGGAAAAUUAGUCAAUUUUCAGAGCUAUUCUGUGGCAGACAUAAUAUCUUAUUUAAUUCAGUUUGGCUUGGAGAGAUCUCAUUACAGACUCACAUGAAAAACUCUGAUUAAUAGAGCAUUUACAAUAAGUAAAACAUGACAUUUGAGACUUUUGCAUUCACACCAUAUUGACGUUAUAUGGUUAUACGUUACUUUAUUGAUGUGUCUUGACCUCCAAAUUUGAUUUUGAGGUCUGUUCAUGUCUACGUGCAAAGAAUACUUAUCUGAUGAGACUCGUGUUGAUCUUUGCUGCUCCAUCAAAGCAUGAUUACCCUUUACCUUGAGAACAUAGCAGGAGUGAAGCCUGCCCUGUACAUUUUUUUUUAUAUAUUACCCGAUUCUUUUUACUAUUAUGCCUCUGCAAGUAUGCCAUCCACAGUAUUCCCCCCCUCUGUUGUCAGGUUGGAGGCAUAUUCGCCUUGAAUGUACCAUCUCGUCACAUCCCAUGUUUUCAACUGGAGACCUGCUGUCUCAUUACAGGAAAAGGAGAGUAUGUGUUGUAUGUCAUCUUUGUCAUAGAAAAAAGCCUCAAAGCCUCUUAGUUUGUGCAGACUCCUGUGUGUAUCCACCUUUUUAUUCCUAUCACUGAUGAUACAUGGCAGCACAGUGUAACUCUGGUAAGGACUGAAUUCUGCAGAUAGGGAAAGAAAAUAAUUGGGGGUUUUGUUUGUGGCUGUAAAGCUAGCUCAGAUAUCUUAUGGGGCGCUCACACCAAACGAAAAUAAAAUCAUCUACUUAAUUCGCAUGAAUCUAGAUGCAUGAAUGAAAAGUACUUACUCGCUUCAUUUGCGCAUCAACGGUAAUUUCAAUGGUAAUCCCUGCCAAAUCAACCGACAGGAUCAAGUGAUAGACAAAGGUUUUUUUACAAUUUACCAGGUAAUCCAAAAUCAGGCAACUGGACUGUGUAGAGUUAAAAUGAUCAUUUUAGAAUUGAAGAUGCCUCUUUGAUAAGAGGUGAAACGUCUUCUCAACUCUACACAGUCCAGUUGCCUGAUUUUGGAGUCUUCAAGAAAACCAUGACCUGGAUGAAUGAGAAUCUACAUGGACAGGUAAUCCAACCUUUUCACUCGCUUGCUACCAGGUGAGCUUCUUUUUAUUCCAUUUUGGAAAUUGAAACAAAAAGUAUCAGGGCACCACUGGUAUCUGAAAUGGAGGACACACCGACAUGAUCAGUUUGUCCUCCAUUUCAGAUACCAGUGAACAACCGUCCAUUUUCAUACGUCACCCGGCGACCUUAAUGCUGAUUAGUUGUUGCGGCAAGAAUAUCCGCUCAAGUUGAGACAUUUUCAGCUCCCACCCAAUUCGCGUCAUUUGCGCCGCCAGAGUAGUAGGAGCACUUGGUGUGUGGAGACAGUUACAGCUCUGAUAGAUGGUUAAAUUGAUAGAUACAAAAAUAGAAUUAUCUCAAGCCAACAGAACAGCUUUAUUUAACCAAACUCAAAGGACCGCUGUUUUGUAAUAAACAAUUUCCCUUUUGUUCUUACAACCAUGUAUCUGUGGCGUCCGCCCAUGUUCCAGCCAACCCAGCCUUGGGUAUUUCUCUCAAGGUUAAAGCCUUGUCUCUUCUCAAAUGACCCCAAAUGCUGAAGAUGGAAGUGGAGUCUGCCCCGGAUGGAGAAAGUUGUAAUGGAGGGGAGGAGAGAGGGAGAUGGAGUGAGAAAAUACAAAGAACAGAGGAGGGAGGAUAGGAAUUAAAGAAAAGGGAAUGGAGGACAUGAAAGAAAUGGGGUGGCACCAGGAGGGGAAAACGUUAUCCAGGUUGAUAAGGAAACAUAUGUCCCACUUUUUCCCUCCUGCCUCUCUUUUCACAUUUACAGUCCUGUCCUCCCUCCUGCCAACAGUUUCUUCUGCCACCUUACCCAUUUUCCCCUAUAUUUACUCCACGAUUCCUCCCUCAACCAUCUCUUCUUAACUUCACUUAUUUAGUCCUCCCAGCUUUCUCCUUCACACCCUUUUUCCUCUCUCCCUCUCCUUCCUCCAUUGCUGCGUUUCCAUCUCCCCUGCUCUGCAUUCCUUUCUCCUUUAAUCCUUCUAUUUGUCCCUUACUCCCUCCUGUUCAGCGGCAGGUCUCGGUACUCUGGUGAAGCCACCGGGACCUGCUGACAAAUCGAUACAUCACUGUAAUUGAUUCUGUCGGGGCUCAAAGUGUUUAAUGAGAGCCCUCCUCCUCCCCUUUGCACGUGGGCUUUGGUGCUGGCCAGUUUAAGGUUUAAUGGAGCAGAGGCAUCCAUGUGCACCAAAGGGCUGUAGAUGAGGGGUGAGAGAAAUGGGCUGGUGGAGAUGAAGCAGGUGAUACGGGUGAAGCAGGUGAAGGGGUAUAGGGGAGGAAGUCAAGCUCGGGGUGUUGAGGGUUAAUCAAAGGAGUUUCUAUGGUGAUGGAUUAGCCUGGCUUGGUGAUUUUGACAAGUUAAGGCUUGAUAUAAGAUGUCAUGGGAGAAAGGAGCUGUGUUCCAGAAAGAAUAAAAAGGUGUGGAGGUGUGUGCUGGUGUGCUGCAAACGCGACGACAACAUUCAAACAGUUACGUGUCUACCUGGUUAUCUAUAACGUGUAGCAGCGCCAACGUCAGCACUGGGGCGUGGUGCGUGAUGUGCCAGCGCGACCAUUUAAACAGACAAAACAACACUACACGCAUUGGAAUAAAUGGAAUUAGAAUGACGUUCGGUUUUAAAAACGAACUAUUCAUUAGCUGACUACACGGUAAACAGAGAACGGAAUGGAGAGAGCAAAACUUGGACUCAACAUACCGUACAGGGACAAGCUGAACAAUGAAGAAAGAGAGCGUUACCUUAGCAAAAUUGCGGACAUUGCUUGACUCGACCCAUAUGAACACACUGUAUGGUCCCCACUAAGGUUAGGGUGAGGGAUAGGGUUAGGUUUAGAGUUAUGGUUAUGGUUAAGGGGUAAAGGUUAGGGUUAGGGAUAGCUUGUGGGGGAAGUGGGGAACAUCUUCCCCGGGGAACACAGAACCUAGGGAACAUAGACAGUUCUGUUGACAUUAGUACCUAGUUACUUCUUGGACAAAAUAACAGUUUCAUGUGUUUGGUAAUAACUUACCUUUGUGAAAAUGGCAUGAACAAACACGGCUGUGCUUGGGUAUGUUGUCGAAGGUUAGCUCUUUGCAUCUUACGGCAGAGAGCCAAGCCAUGUGACGUCUCUUCGUUAACUCUUCCAUUUGCACUCUGUGUUCCAUGUUGGAAAGCAGAAAAAACGUACUUUUCCCAAAACUUUCCCUCGACGUGCUCUCCUGUUAUAGCACUUGUGAACGCAGCAUCCUCCAUUGUAAGUUAAUAACUUAGUGCAAAAACGAACACGAAAGAAUCACUGUUUACAUGUCUCUCUAUUAAUGCUGAUAAUUCUUUCCUGCCAAAAUGUUGGCGGCAAAUGUUGACGUGGAUAACCUGAACAUUUAAAAGAUCCUUUUUUUUUUUUUUUUUUAUUCAAAAGAAAAGGGAGGAUAUGAGGAAAAAUAGCACAGGGAGUUGAGAUGAAAAGACAAAUCUGUUUUUUCACCGAAAGAGCGCAGAAGGUGAGAGAGUGGAAGAGAGAGGAGGGAGAGUUUGUGAUAUAGUGUACCUAGAAGCAUGAGGUUAUGUUUUUGCAUGAGAGAGAGAAAGAGAGAGAGAGUGUUGGGAAUGAGGAAUCGUAUGGACAGUGAAUCAUUAAUAUCAGCAGUCUGUAAGACACUAAUGAAUGACACGGGAAUAUAUCAGCUCAUCGUUUGCUUCUCUCUUCUACCCUUCACCCCCUCCCCCCCACAACACACACACUCUCCCUCUCUCCCUCUUUCUGCUCUAGAUUAGUUUUUCCUGGCUCUAAUGAGAAACACCUGUUAGAACUCCUCGUUAGGCAUCCCUUGUUCAGGUCCCAUUAGACCUCUAGUCCCUCUCCUCUGCUCUGUGGUAUCUUUGGAUCAGUUGGAAAAAAUAUGCAAUUUUCAGGAAGGCAUUUUGCAGCUUUCAGACAACAGAAGGUACGGUUUGGGUUUGUCAGUUAAAUAUUAAGGGUAGAGAGAAAAUAAAUGUUAAUGCUAAAAGAGUGAAGGCUAUUGCAUUAGCCCUGCAGCACAAGUAAUUCUGUGUAAAUGAAUUGUGGUUAGGUUACAUCUAAAUCUUAAUCUCAUCCCAGAAAUAAUGCUGCAUUCCAGUUGUACUCGGGAAUCUGAAUUUCCGAGCUCUGAGUCAGAAAUUCAUCUGGAACGACGGAUUUCCGAUUUGGAAAGUUGCUCACCAACCCCGACUUGACGACAACAUCAUUAUCCAAGAUGGCAGCGCAGUACGUCAACAGUAAAGAGUAACAGUGAAAGCUCUCAUAAUGUAUUAUUUAUUAGCACUUCUGUUUUGUUUUUGUGAAAUUAAAUAAGUGGUAUAUGUUGUACUGCCCAAUGUCUAACUGUGAAGACGGUGCUAUGGUAUUUGUAAGAGCACUAUACUGUGUUUUGUGUUGUUUACAACUGGUAUAUCUAACAACAGUUGACAACCGGUAACAACAACUGACAGCGACAACGACUGCUGACAAUUAUUAAAAACAGCUAACUAUGGCUAACACUAGGUUUCCAUCUUGGUUUUCCGACUUGUUUACUGGAAAGUCGCCAACUCAGGUGUAGCGUCCUUCCAGCUCCGAUAUCUGACUUUCAGGGUAACUGGAACGCAGUGUAAUUCCUGACAGAUUUGUCUUUUGUUUUUUUAGUAACUUUAGUAACUUAACUGCCUUCCUGUACUCAUCUGGUCAGAAGCCAAGUUUUUUUUAUAUUUGAAAGUAAAAAAUUAAAGUAAUUAAUUAGGAAAUUAAGAAAAUGACACUUUAACAAGCCUCCAUGACAUUUCAUUCAUAUGCACAAUAUAUCAUCUGCUGUGUGUCAUACAGAAACAUGCAAGCAUCUGUUUUCUACCUUUCCAUCGCUUGUUAAAAAAAGCUCACCGACAAAUCCACAAUGAAAGCUGCUCUCAUAAAAUGUUAGUCAUUGAGAACAGCAUGCAGUUAAAAAAACAUUAUGCAGUCUAGUUCAGUAUGUAUUUUUUGAUGGGGCAUGUCCUUAACUUUUGUAGUCAGAGCACAUUAAUAUGCAAACAGCCUGCUGUCAAGGUAAGUCCUGCACACUUGCUGCACAUGCAGUAUUAAAGGAAAAUAUCUGUUUCGAUACAUUUACAGUCCAGUUUUGUCUCUUAAAGCAUUUGUGAGGAGUUUUUAGCAGAUUGAAAAUUGACAGUGAUGUCUUUGCAUGACAAACAAAAUCGAAAGAGGUCAUUAGCAACACAGUUUUAGAUUUUUACUGUGCAAUUUUAAAUGCCUGUUACUGUUGUGAGGGGGUUACUGCCACACACAACCUGUUUGUGUGUGUGUGUGUGUGUGUGUGUGUGUGUGUGUGUGUGUGUGUGUGUGUGUGUGUGUGUGUGUGUGUGUGUGUGUGUGUGCUGACUACUGUCUGUGGAACACUUAACUCAGGUAGGAGGUACAGAGUUCCUCUUUGUAAACAUAACAGAUAUAAACACUUGUUUAUCCUACUGUCAGUGAAGCUCAUAAAUGAGCAGAUUGAUCAUGAUGGACAGGAAAGAGAGUUUAGGGUCAAGUGAUGCUGAAUUUGCACUGAGAUGCUGGUCGCCCUUUUUUGUCCGAUUAUGUAUUUUUUUGCAUUUUUAUUGAUAUGUAAUUGUUUUUCUACCAACUCUGGAUGCAUGAGUGAAAUGUACUACAUGUGCUGGAUUUGUUUUCUGUGAAGCAGACCCCUCUGCCCAAGACAAAUUUCUCCUGAGGGAGACUAAUAAAGACACUUUGGGCUCUAUUUUGGUGCUUCGCCGAAGACGUGCCGCAAGCGCAGAGUCAAUCAGAUCCGCCGCGCUGACAAGGCGUUCCCAAGCACAUUUUGGUAUUUUGGUGAGCCGCGCAGCCCGGCGUAAGUAUCCCCCCUCCC